AUGUGUGAGUACUCUGUGUUGGGCGGGGGGAUUCCGGUGAAGGGGGACUUCUUUAUUUUCUCUUUCUCUCUUUUCUCUCCCCCAUGUCUUUCUCCUCCCACUGUGGCACACCACCCCUCGCCCUUCUCCCUCCGCACCUCUUCAGCCGACACCCCUGCCGUCCACGAGGAGAAAGGGGCUUGUUUCCGAUUGGUCAGUUCGGGGAAGCAGUGUUUGCACCCAGUGUCUGCUCAGCUGAGCAAACAGCUGUGCUGCUGCAGUGUGGGCAAGGCCUGGGGCCCGCGCUGCGACAAGUGCCCCCUGCCAGGAACAGGUAAGGUCCCCAACGCCAGCAACUCUGAGUCCCAGGCACUUCUACCCAUCCACCCAUUCCACUACUCUCACAUUGAGAGAUUGAAAUGUGGGACCAGUGGCAUCCAUCCCCCACCCACACUCAAUGUGUCUCCCUCUCUGUGCAUGUGUUUCAUUGCUUUGCCAAGUAGAUGGUUUUAGAUGCAGUUAUAUCUCCACUCCACCACCACCAGCACUCUCCUGCUGUCUCCCCUUAUUCCACCAUGGUUGCCCAUCCGUCAGUGCCGUCUGUACGGGUAUCAUGGUCAGUGUUGGCUGGGGUGACACAAUAGCUGACACCUGCAGAUCAUGUGCAGCACAGGCACACUAAAUAGAUAGAAGCUGUUUGCUGAGUCCUCACACUUCCACUCGAAAAGGUCGGUCUUAAUUAAUUGAUGACAUUGAGUCAAACAUUCCAUUAGACCUGGGAGGUUAGUCUGGGAACAUGUGUAAGCCUUUUCUCUGUCUGUGCCUGUAUUGUCUGUCUAGGCUCCGAGAGACAUUACUGGAUGGCCUCGUUUGGCCUAAUUAACAACACCUGUUAAAAUCAUCCGGGUUGCCAGAUUAUUUCGGUUGCCAGGUCUUCAAAAUUCCCAGUGUAGUACAGUAGGUUAUUAUGCAGAGUGUAAUAGAGUUAGGGGAUGAUUGCUUGGAACAGGGCCCAUUUUUCCCAAUGUGAGAACGUCUCUGUGGGGAAGGUUAAGAGCUGUUAUAAGAGUAAAUAAGAUACGUGCUCCUUUAUCUGGAAAUAAACUUGAGCAGACAGAUAGGAUUAGUGUAAUAAUUGCAGGACUUACCUUGGUAUGAAGGGCAGCAUUUUUUAAGGUCUCUAAUGUUUGCAGAGGCGCUUGUAGCUGGAUUAGUAGCUGAUUAUUCUGAUAUAUUUUUUUACUGACAUGGUUCUUUCAGUUGAGAUAGAGAUGGAGACAGUUUAUUUUGGUACAUUCUAACUUCUUGCAAAUGCUUGUUGCUUAAAAUGGGAAACUGCAGAGAUAGCAUGUGCUAUUCUUAUAUGAAACUGGAUUGGUGGAUACUACACUGUGUAACAAUGGUUGGUACUUUGUUUUUCAUUCAUUGGGACAUAAAUGAAAGCCUUGACAUUUGAAUCUUCCCCAACACAUCUAGUCAAGUCCUUUCAAAAUGCUAGUUGCACAAAGACAUUCAAGAAUGAGACAAGUGUGUGACUCUCAGCUUAGUGUCUUUAUCACCAGUGACAUGAUCCACUGUGACUCCUUGGUUUCCAAUGGGAGCACAUAAGUCCUGCAGAGAGGACACAUUAUGAAGGCUAUGUGGAGCUCAGAAAGAACUCAGAAGGAUCGUUCCAUGAAAUGAGUGCCUUUGCGUCCCUUUGAUAUAUUAAGUAGAAAUUGUGCACCAAUAUUUAAUUUUAAAAGCCUGUUAUAUUAAAUGAAGUGCCCUUUUUAAUAUAGACCAACUGGAAAAUAAUAUUGAACAUUUUGACAUGUCCCUCUGUGUACCCUCUGUGACUUAUAGGAAGAUUUUAACCAACUUAAACCCAACAUUUCUCCAAGUUUUAACCAUCAUGACAGUCAUUUCUGAAGAUUAUUAUUUAUUUCAUGUGAUUAGGGAUACAUUUUUAUGUAAAACCAAAAACUCUCCCUCAUUUUAAGGUCAACCCUGUUACAUGAACUGAACUCUCAUUUUAAUAUGGUGAAACUAUUCCUUAGAAAAAAACCAAAAAAACCAUUUAACAAUCAUAGUGUAAAAGCAGGUGAGCUGGUUCUACUAUUUUGGGCCAUUUUCUGGUGUUUUGUGAUGGUAAACUGAGUGGGUUGAGCAUAACACGUCAUUUUUAUUUUUGGGGGGUAGAUCAGCUUUAAUAUUGCAGAUAGAUUGUAACUUCCAUCAAUGUAAUUGUCUGCAUCACUUCCAAUCCCCCAUAUGUUUUAUUUCUCUCGCAAAUAUAUAUAUAUAUAUAUAUAUAUACAUAUAUAUAUAUAUAUAUAUAUAUAUAUAUAUAUAUAUAUAUAUAUACAGUGGGGGAAAAAAGUAUUUAGUCAACCACCAAUUGUGCAAGUUCUCCCACUUAAAAAGAUGAGAGAGGCCUGUAAUUUAAAAAAAAAUCCUGAAAAUCACAUUGUAGGAUUUUUUAUGAAUUUAUUAGCAAAUUAUGGUGGAAAAUAAGUAUUUGGUCACCUACAAACAAGCAAUAUUUCUGGCUCUCACAGACCUGUAACUUCUUCUUUAAGAGGCUCCUCUGUCCUCCACUCGUUACCUGUAUUAAUGGCACCUGUUUGAACUUGUUAUCAGUAUAAAAGACACCUGUCCACAACCUCAAACAGUCACACUCCAAACCCCACUAUGGCCAAGACCAAAGAGCUGUCAAAGGACACCAGAAACAAAAUUGUAGACCUGCACCAGGCUGAGAAGACUGAAUCUGCAAUAGGUAAGCAGCUUGGUUUGAAGAAAUCAACUGUGGGAGCAAUUAUUAGGAAAUGGAAGACAUACAAGAACACUGAUAAUCUCCCUCGAUCUGGGGCUCCACGCAAGAUCUCACCCCGUGGGGUCAAAAUGAUCACAAGAACGGUGAGCAAAAAUCCCAGAACCACACGGGGGGACCUAGUGAAUGUCCUGCAGAGAGCUGGGACCAAAGUAACAAAGCCUACCAUCAGUAACACACUACGCCGCCAGGGACUCAAAUCCUGCAGUGCAGACGUGUCCCCCUGCUUAAGCCAGUACAUGUCCAGGCCCGUCUGAAGUUUGCUAGAGUGCAUUUGGAUGAUCCAGAAGAGGAUUGGGAGAAUGUCAUAUGGUCAGAUGAAACCAAAAUAGAACUUUUUGGUAAAAACUCAACUCGUCGUGUUUGGAGGACAAAGAAUGCUGAGUUGCAUCCAAAGAACACCAUACCUACUGUGAAGCAUGGGGGUGGAAACAUCAUGCUUUGGGGCUGUUUUUCUGCAAAGGGACCAGGACGACUGAUCCGUGUAAAGGAAAGAAUGAAUGGGGCCAUGCAUCGUGAGAUUUUGAGUGAAAACCUCCUUCCAUCAGCAAGGGCAUUGAAGAUGAAACGUGGCUGGUGCUUUCAGCAUGUCAAUGAUCCCAAACACACCGCCCGGGCAACGAAGGAGUGGCUUCGUAAGAAUCAUUUCAAGGUCCUGGAGUGGCCUAGCCAGUCUCCAGAUCUCAACCCCAUAGAAAAUCUUUGGAGGGAGUUGAAAGUCUGUGUUGCCCAGCGACAGCCCCAAAACAUCACUGCUCUAGAGGAGAUCUGCAUGGAGGAAUGGGCCAAAAUACCAGCAACAGUGUGUGAAAACCUUGUGAAGACUUACAGAAAACGUUUGACCUGUGUCAUUGCCAACAAAGGGUAUAUAACAAAGUAUUGAGAAACUUUUGUUAUUGACCAAAUACUUAUUUUCCACCAUAAUUUGCAAAUAAAUUCAUUAAAAAUCCUACAAUGUGAUUUUCUGGAUAUUUUUUUCUCAUUUUGUCUGUCAUAGUUGACAUGUACCUAUGAUGAAAAUUACAGGCCUCUCUCAUCUUUUUAAGUGGGAGAACGUGCACAAUUGGUGGCUGACUAAAUACUUUUUUUCCCCACUGUAUAUAUAUAUAUAUAUAUAUAUAUAUAUAUAUAUAUAUAUAUAUAUAUAUAUAUAUAUAUAUAUAUAUACAUAUAUAUAUAUAUACACAUACAUAUACACAUACAUAUAUAAAUACAUAUACAGUGGGGAGAACAAGUAUUUGAAACACUGCCGAUUUUGCAGGUUUUCCUACUUACAAAGCAUGUAGAGGUCUGCAAUCUUUAUCAUAGGUACACUUCAACUGUGAGAGACGGAAACUAAAACAAAAAUCCAGAAAAUCACAUUGUAUGAAUUUUAAGUAAUUAAUUUGCAUUUUAUUGCAUGACAUAAGUAUUUGAUACAUCAGAAAAGCAGAACUUAAUAUUUGGUACAAUUACAGAGAUCAUACGUUUCCUGUAGGUCUUGACCAGGUUUGCACACACUGCAGCAGGGAUUUCGGCCCACUCCUCCAUACAGACCUUCUCCAGAUCCUUCAGGUUUCGGGGCUGUCGCUGGGCAAUACGGACUUUCAGCUCCCUCCAAAGAUUUUCUAUUGGAUUCAGGUCUGGAGACUGGCUAGGCCACUCCAGGACCUUGAGAUGCUUCUUACGGAGCCACUCCUUAGUUGUUUCGGGUCGUUGUCAUGCUGGAAGACCCAGCCACGACCCAUCUUCAAUGCUCUUACUGAGGGAAGGAGGUUGUUGGCCAAGAUCUCACGAUACAUGGCCCCAUCCAUCCUCCCCUCAAUACGGUGCAGUCGUCCUGUCCCCUUUGCAGAAAAGCAUCCCCAAAGAAUGAUGUUUCCACCUCCAUGCUUCACGGUUGGGAUGGUGUUCUUGGGGUUGUACUCAUCCUUCUUCUUCCUCCAAACACAGCCAGUGGAGUUUAGACCAAAAAGCUAUAUUUUUGUCUCAUCAGACCACAUGACCUUCUCCCAUUCCUCCUCUGGAUCAUCCAGAUGGUCAUUGGCAAACUUCAUACGGGCCUGGACAUGCGCUGGCUUGAGCAGGGGGACCUUGCGUGCGCUGCAGGAUUUUAAUCCAUGACGGCGUAGUGUGUUACUAAUGGUUUUCUUUGAGACUGUGGUCCCAGCUCUCUUCAGGUCAUUGACCAGGUCCUGCCAUGUAGUUCUGGGCUGAUCCCUCACCUUCCUCAUGGACAUUGAUGCCCCACGAGGUGAGAUCUUGCAUGGAGCCCCAGACCGAGGGUGAUUGACCGUCAUCUUGAACUUCUUCCAUUUUCUAAUAAUUGCACCAACAGUUGUUGCCUUCUCACCAAGCUGCUUGCCUAUUGUCCUGUAGCCCAUCCCAGCCUUGUGCAGGUCUACAAUUUUAUCCCUGAUGUCCUUACACAGCUCUCUGGUCUUGGCCAUUGUGGAGAGGUUGGAGUCUGUUUGAUUGAGUGUGUGGACAGGUGUCUUUUAUACAGGUAACGAGUUCAAACAGGUGCAGUUAAUACAGGUAAUGAGUGGAGAACAGGAGGGCUUCUUAAAGAAAAACUAACAGGUCUGUGAGAGCCGGAAUUCUUACUGGUUGGUAGGUGAUCAAAUACCUAUGUCAUGCAAUAAAAUGCAAAUUAAUUACUUAAAAAUCAUACAAUGUGAUUUUCUGGAUUUUUGUUUUAGAUUCCGUCUCUCACAGUUGAAGUGUACCUAUGAUAAAAAUUACAGACCUCUACAUGCUUUGUAAGUAGGAAAACCUGCAAAAUGGCAGUGUAUCAAAUACUUGUUCUCCCCACUGUACAUACAUAUACAGUACAGUGAAGGGAAAAAAGUAUUUGAUCCCCUGCUGAUUUUGUACGUUUGCCCACUGACAAAGAAAUAUCAGUCUAUAAUUUUAAUGGUAGGUUUAUUUGAACAGUGAGAGACAGAAUAAAAACAAAAAAAUCCAGAAAAACGCAUGUCAAAAAUGUUAUAAAUUGAUUUGCAUUUUAAUGAGGGAAAUAUGUAUUUGACCCCCUCUCAAUCAGAAAGAUUUCUGGCUCCCAGGUGUCUUUUAUACAGGUAACGAGCUGAGAUUAGGAGCACACUCUUAAAGGGAGUGCUCCUAAUCUCAGCUUGUUACCUGUAUAAAAGACACCUGUCCACAAAAGUAAUCAAUCAAUCAGAUUCCAAACUCUCCACCAUGGCCAAGACCAAAGAGCUCUCCAAGGAUGUCAGGGACAAGAUUGUAGACUUACACAAGGCUGGAAUGGGCUACAAGACCAUCGCCAAGCAGCUUGGUGAGAAGGUGACAACAGUUGGUGCGAUUAUUCGCAAAUGGAAGAAACACAAAAGAACUGUCAAUCGCCCUCGGCCUGGGGCUCCAUGCAAGAUCUCACCUUGUGGAGUUGCAAUGAUCAUGAGAAUGGUGAGGAAUCAGCCCAGAACUACACGGGAGGAUCUUGUCAAUGAUCUCAAGGCAGCUGGGACCAUAGUCACCAAGAAAACAAUUGGUAACAUACUACGCUCUGAAGGAGUGCAAGGUCCCCCUGCUCAAGAAAGCACAUAUACAGGCCCGUCUGAAGUUUGCCAAUGAACAUCUGAAUGAUUCAGAGGAGAACUGGAUGAAAGUGUGGUGUUCAGAUGAGACCAAAAUUGAGCUCUUUGGUAUCAACUCAACUCGCCGUGUUUGGAGGAGGAGGAAUGCUGCCUAUGACCCCAAGAACACCAUCCCCACCGUCAAACAUGGAGGUGGAAACAUUAUGCUUUGGGGGUGUUUUUUUGCUAAGGGGACAGGACAACUUCACCGCAUCAAAGGGACGAUGGACGGGGCCAUGUACCGUCAAAUCUUGGGUGAGAACCUCCUUCCCUCAGCCAGGGCAUUGAAAAUGGGUCGUAGAUGGGUAUUCCAGCAUGACAAUGACCCAAAACACACGGCCAAGGCAACAAAGGAGUGGCUCAAGAGAAGCACAUUAAGAUCCUGGAGUGGCCUAGCCAGUCUCCAGACCUUAAUCCUAUAGAAAAUCUGUGGAGGGAGCUGAAGGUUAGAGUUGCCAAACGUCAGCCUCGAAACCUUAAUGACUUGGAGAAGAUCUGCAAAGAGGAGUGGGACAAAAUCCCUCCUGAGAUGUGUGCAAACCUGGUGGCCAACUACAAGAAAUGUCUGACCUCUGUGAUUGCCAACAAGGGUUUUGCCACCAAGUACUAAGUCAUGUUUUGCAGAGGGGUCAAAUACUUAUUUCCCUCAUUAAAAUGCAAAUCAUCCUUUUAAAAAAAUAUAUUUCCCUUUAUUACUUUCCAACCCCACCACACAUCAACCCUGUUACCCAUAGAUAGAAAAGCUAGACAAUUCUUUACAAUUUCAAUUUUUUUGUAAAGCAUGCAUUCAAUUGCCCCUCCCUGUUGCACACAACAAGCUUCCAUUCCUCCUGUCACAAGGGGAUUCAUGGCUGAUUUAAGAUCGUCAACCAUUUUACUUUAUUUGGCACAUUAUAGACACUUACUAUAGUUCUUUUUUUAUUUAACCUCGAGAUGGAAACACGUUUUUUAUUAAGUUGAACAUGUGCUGUUUAUGACAGAAUGUUAAAAUAGGGUGAAAUUCUGUUUUUUUUCACCAAUGUAUACUACUCAAAAGGCACCCAAUUUGUGGAAUGACCCAGAGACUGAUAUACACAAAUCUGUUACAACAACAAAAUACAAACAGCAUGUAACCUAUUGUACGUUACAUUGGAGUUAAAUAAAAUAAAAUAUCAGCCAAAUUAGUCAUAUUUCAUGUGGCCAGUUCUUUGGGACCGAAAUGGAUGUAUAUAUUUUUUGCCUUAAAUAAAGAAUGUAUAUGCUUACUGUAUUUUUCUUUUUUUAAAUGUAGCUAAAUUCAAGGAGAUAUGCCCUGGUGGGAUGGGCUACACUGUCAUGGGAUCUUACAAGCCCAAAGCACCCAAUCAACUACCCAAACUACCCAGCCAACCUGAGACCAUCAACAAGCCAAUGAUCACCCACCAAGAGCCUGUGGCCCCGCCUCUGCCCCUCCCGACACCUGAGAAACCAGUGGAGGCCUUGAGCGUAGCUGAGAGACAGCUUCCCUCUGUACCAGGUAAGUCGUCAACAUGCAAUUCCCUCUGUACCAGGCGAGUCAACACUACACCACACAGCAAGCAACAGUAGAGGAGAAGCCAUCUUUACUAAUGUACUAUGGAAAGACAGAACAUUGGGCUGAGCUGGGACUUAGUGUGACUCAUAGAUAGGAGUUGCAUGGUCUUUUAGAAUCCAAGUGCAGUGCUCUAUGGAAUUUGGCGUCAUACACUAAAACACAUGGGCCCUGGGGCCAUGCUCUUGUCUUUUCACUACGUGGGGCUGUUUUGAUAUGUGGAAUUCCGUGUACAACUUUUUGAUCCAAAUAAGGAGUAAUCCACCCGUUCAACAAUUCAACGCAGCAUAUACACUACCAGUCAAAAGUUUUGACACACCUACUCAUUGAAGGGUUUUUCUUAAGAGUGUGCAAAGCUGUCAUCAAGGCAAAGGGUGGCUAUUUGAAGAAUCUCAAAUCUCAAAUAUAUUUUGAUUUGUGUAAGACUUUAUUGGUUACUACAUGAUUCCAUAUGUGUUAUUUCAUAGUUUUGAUGUCUUCACUAUUAUUCCACAAUGUAGAAAAUAGUAAAAAUAAAGAAAAACCCUUGAAUGAAUAGGUGUGUCCAAACUUUUGACUGUUACUGUAAGUGAAACUAAACACAAAACAGAUUUGUAUUUGUAUGCGUGUGUGAGUGUGUGGGGGGUCUUUAAAAAGAUCUCUCAACCAGACAUCAAUUCAGUUCCACCCUGGACAGGAUGAUGAGGAUUCACAUGCUUUGGCUUGCCCUCGCCUCUCAAACUCCUGGAUCCUUUGAGAGAGGAGAGAUGGAGCUCCUCUUUCUUAUUAUUCAGGACAUGCUUGGGAGCCGGCGAGGGAAAGAGAAACUUGGCAGCAUUAGAGCGCACGGACUUGUCCAAAUUACUGCUAAGCUUCUCUUGAGCUCCGAGUACAGAGGAUUCCAAUGCCGAGGACAGACUCAGACAAACAAUAAGAGAGAGAGCCACUGCCCAAACCUGUGUAGAUGAGUGUUUGCAUGCCACAAGGGGCUAAAGCUGGCACCACUGAGCUAAAGAUCCUGGUGGAGGGGAUUUAUUUACGCCCAAUGUUAUGCUACAUUCAUUGCAAUCCGGUUUGUUUUUAUGACCUCAAGAUCUGAAUACCGGAAAAACGCCAGAGGGUUGAGUUAUAACAUGGCAUUUGUCCAGUGUUUAAAAUAAGGUGUUAGUGGAACGACCUUGUAACUGAUUAACAUUUGUCCGUUGCUAUGAAAAAGAUCAUGUUUCGACGCGGUCAUGAACAGCUAAAAGUACUCCAGAGCCUGUAAAGUUGACAGUCUUAUGAAUUGCAAAUGAUUGGUCCUCUGGCACCAGCCGGAAAGGUUUAUUGAUUUAUUCAAAAGCCUGAAUAUAUUUAAUGGAGAAAUAUAAUGUAAAUUGUGUCCUAAAAAUCUAAGUAUAUGAUGUACUUGCCUCUGACAAACCUUGGUAGUCAAGGGCAGGUAUAUCCAGCCUUGUGCUUCCAAAUGGUCCCACUCUUUUUUGAUCUCACUCUUGUUUUGUUUGUUUUUUGUUUGUUUUUAUGGCCAGUAGCCACAGAUGCACCUGAGCAGGUAGGUUGGGUUUCUUCUGCAACAAAAAAAACGGAAAAGAAAAAAGCUUUCUUGCAUGCGACAAGAAGUAUUCACCCUUUAGACUCUAUGGCAACGACCUGCAGAAGCAGCCCGCAGCAUCACCUCUGCAUGAAGUCAGCAUCGCCACUGCAUGACUUUGAGCCAAUCACUGCUCCAUGCUUUCAGCCUAAGAACACUUCACAGUGGAACAUCUAUGUCAAUGCCAAUCACAGCUGCUAAGACUUUGCUCUUUGCACUUUGUCCAGCCUCAUACUGUAUGGAUGCGUUUACACAGGCAGCCCAAUUCUGAUAUUUUUCCACUAAUUGGUCUUUUGACCAAUCAGAUCAGCUCUUUUGCCAAUAAUUGGGCAAAUGAUCAGAAUCGGGCUGCCUGUGUAAACGCAGCCUAAGAGUCUCCAAAACGGAACAGUCCUGAAACCUUUCUGUAAUGGAUUUAGUAUUGUAUUAUUACGUAAAUAUAGAAGCUCUCUUUUACAAUAUCCGGUCUUGGUUCUUUCAGAGGAACAGUGGACUCAGCUGCUUGAAACUCUUUAAAGCGCUUUGAUAAGGGCAGAGUAAGUAAACACUAUUGCACAAUCCAUUUUGACAUCCUAGAGAAACUCCAAAGGUAAAAAAAAAAAGCUGAAGUCAAGUUGGAGUCCACACAACUGACAACUAUAGACCCUGUCUACUCAAUGAAAACCCAUGUUUCGCUUCCCACCAUCUUGCGCUACAAGCCCUUCAAGCUUUUUCCUUCCUUCAGCUGUCAUGCAAGCGGAUCUCCAAUUAGUUUACUGCUGAGCAGCCUAUAUGACGAGCGCACGCAUGACAGCGGUGCAUGAACGGCGCUUGCUCACUGAAACCUCCGAGUUCACAUGUCUAUAUGGAUCAGUCCAUUGACCCUGAGGUCCAUAUUGUGUUUGUCUUGUGUUCUGUCCUUUAAGGAGCUGGUUAUUCUGGAGGCUACUAGUAGUAGUCCAAUAGUUGAGGCCGAGGCUGGGCAGCCACAGCUCUCUCCCGGUGUCUCUACCAUGAGGAUGGAGCCGGCCUACAAAGGUGUCUCAUCCAUUUCCUUCCCCUCUUCUCUCUCUGCUGCUAUUUCAGUCUCACUGGGCUGGGCUCACUCUCGCAGGGGAAAGUCCGCAAGUUAUUUAAUUAUGAUGGUUGUUUUGGCACUGUACUGUAUUCUAUGUAAGUGGGUAUCCACUGGUGCUUUUCAGUCAAUUUUACCUGACAGAAUAAAAAUGAAAAUGUGUUGGUUUGAAAAAUAUCUUGUGGUCUUUCCCCUGUAACAGGACUAAUUGUCAUACGGAAAAGAGCACCUGCCAUUUGUGAUGGGUCUUACAUUUUUACAUUUUACAUUUUAGUCAUUUAGCAGACGCUCUUAUCCAGAGCGACUUACAGGAGCAAUUAGGGUUAAGUGCCUUGCUCAAGGGCACAUCGACAGAUUUUUCACCUAGUCGGCUCGGGGAUUAGAACCAGCGACCUUUUGGUUACUGGCACAACGCUCUUAACCACUAAGCCACCUGCCGCCUGUGAUGGGUCUUCUCCAGACUCAAGUCUAGGGUUAUCUUAAUUGAAACGCAAGGUUUCAAUUGUUGUAAAAAGGGUUGUUUUAUUGUUCCAUUCAAUACAUAUCCAAGCUGGAAAAAUCUUUAAACAACUGUCAGCUCAGCACUUGAUGGUGAAGAGUGAUUUGUCUCUGUCCACUGGGAUUGUUGAUUUCUACAGCGCUCUGUAUUACAGUUUUACACAUUGAAGCACUCAUUUUAAAGAUCACAGAAAGUUUGACUGCACUGUUCUCUCCCCUGGCUCUAUCUGUCCUGGUCUCUCAGAAGUUGUGGAGAAAACGUCCCCCCCUGCUCCAGCCCUGAUCCUCCCCACCAACGCUGGCCAGGACAUCGCCCCUACUCAGUCCGCAGGUAAGAGCUCACACUGACAUACAGUAACACACAGUAACACCGUGACAUUUGGACGUAGUUUAGUGUUAGGUCAAUGUGCUGCUGACGGGUUGAUACCUACUAUCCCUGCUACAUUCUCUAUCUAAGCUAUCCCAAGCUGAUUGUGUAGAAAUCAUGAAUGAAUAGAGGCCUGAAGGGGACACAUGAUUAGUUCAUAAAUACACCCAGUGUUAUCUCCCACACUCGCCCAGUGUUAUCUCCCACACUCGCCCAGUGUUAUCUCCCACACUCGCCCAGUGUUAUCUCCCACACUCGCCCAGUGUUAUCUCCCACACUCGCCCAUUAACUGACCCUUUAUUUGUGUUUAACCCUGUAUCUGAAUUCCUCACAGGUCAUGGGCAAAAAAUAGGCCGAUAAGAGGAAUUUGCGCAGACUGGGAACAUGGCACUUUCUAAUUCUCCAUGACCUCCUUUCUUUGUCCUUGGGGUUCUCCCCCGUUGUGAGAAUAUUUCGCUCUCUUCUAUAUUUAGGAAGCAUGUGUUGUUGUUAAGGGGCCACAGCAACAUGACGUCUCUCUCUCCACUAGAUGUGAAUAGUCUAACAACAUCAUUAUGGCUUCAAAUCACUCCAAUGAAAAUGCUGAGAAACGUUUUCUUUCUCAGCUGACCCUCACUGAAAUGUAUUUGGGUCCUGUAUUGUUUUAUUUAAGAGAUUCCAAUUUUAGAUUUUGUUGCCGUGGUUCUUCAAAUGAGAAGGGGAAGGACAGUGAUUGGUGCCAUUGCUAGGCAACCACUUGUGCGAAACCCACCUGUUUUUAUUUUGAUACCCUGGACGAGGAAGACGGGAAUUUUCAGAGCAGUAGAGGAGAGAGAGUGUCGGCACGGAGACGAGUGUGGAGGGAAGGGAGUGGAACUAUCUGGUGCCAGGCCCACAUAAACCUAUUGGACUAAUCAGGGGACCGCAGGGGUAUUUUGGUUUAUUUUUGCUAGGCGGAUAUCCAAACCCCCAGACCUCUCUCAUCUCAGCGUUUUACGUCCUGGUGUCCCAGAAAGGUGACACUAUAUUAAGAGACCACAGAAAUGUUAUGAGGCUUCCUGAUGACAGACACUCAGUAAACUGGGCGGCAUAAUUGCCUCCCUCUUUUCUUAAUCAUCCUUACUGUGAUUAGACUCUGGUCUCUGUGCCUCAAUGCUUGCUAAUCAUUCUGGACGUGAUGUUUAUUUUUAAAGUAAAUCCUCUAUAAAACACAACAAUAGUUUGAUUGUACCACGUCGAAGAUGCUCUUUAAGAUGUACUAAUAAUUACACUCGCUAAGCAUUCUGCACCUCAACCAAGCAAUCAAUUAGUCAAUCAAUGAAAUUAUAGUGCUUUUUACAAAUAUGUUUGUCACAAAGUGCUCAACAAUAACACUCGACCAAGAGUAAGCAGACAUUAGAGCAGGAGCCCAUCCUCCUCUGUUUGACUGAUGUCCUCCCUAAAUCCUAUAUAAAACACAACAGUCAUUUAACUGUAUUUCUGAGGCGAUGCCACUGUAGCAUAUUUGAGCAAAGAAACCUCACCUAUUGAAAUGUGUACAGUAAUACUUCAAUUAAUUUAAUUCCACCAUACUGGCCUGCUGAGCUAUGAAGAAGCCCAGUCGUUAUUAAUAGCAUACAUCAGAGAGGAGUAAUGUAUUGUUAAUGUGCUAUCGAGCCUGCUGACAUUUUGACUACCUCAGUAAAACACUGUAAUUCUUAGGUAAUAUAUUGAUAAUGUCUUUUGAUAGAAUGCCAUGUGACAAUCUAUCACCACUAAUUAAAUCCCCCUUUCAUUUUCUCUACUUCUCAUCAAGUUCGAAAAUGGCCCAACCUUUCAGUCACUGUGAUUUGACAGUUGUGCAGUUUCGGCUUAUAUGGAGUCCUGACGUCUCUAGGAACUGUAGACCCAGUGGUCCACUUCUGUAAUAUGUCUGCAUAUCGGUGCCUUUUGAUGGGUAUUAGACACUAUGAUUUACUCUAUUCCCUACUUUUCCUAUGUGGUAUGUAAGGCAAUUACCCACAGUCAAGACUGAGUAGACAGAUUGAUGCACAUACUGACCAGAUUUGUCAUACAGCAACACAUUUGCAGCCAUGAGUGGGAUGCUGAUGAGACUAUCGGCUAGGGAGAGGAAAGGCCAUUUGCAGGAAUGGAAUAGAUUUAUUUAUGCCGCAAAUAUUGAAACUGUAUUUAUGUAUUUAGUAUUUGAAGAGUAGCAUGAGGUUUCUUUCUCUCUCUCUCUCUUCUCUCUCUCUAUCUCUCUAUCUCUCUAUCUCUCUCUCUCUCUCUCUAUCUCUCUCUAUAUCUCUCUCUCUCUCUCUCUCUCUCUCUCUCUCUAUCUCUAUCUCUCUCUAUCUCUCUCUAUCUCUCUCUAUAUCUCUCUCUAUCUCUCUUCUCUUGGCCAGAGGUGGAUGAGUGCAAGGUCAACCCUCACAUCUGUGGCCAGGGGAUCUGCUACAACACUGUGGAGGGUUAUAACUGCAUCUGUAACGAGGGCUACCAGAUGGACGAGACACACACCACCUGUGUAGGUGAGAAACAAGAAGUCAAAGGUCACAUCCAUUUAUCAGACCAAUGGGAAUAGUGUUCUUCUCAUUUGGUCUGAUUUUAUUAGGCUUUCACUCUUCACAUUGCCCCCUGAAGGUAGAUUAAUUUAAUUACAUCAUUAAAUGGGAAUGAUUUUACUAGCCUUUCAGCAUUUUGGAGGCCUCUGUUGAUGAAUGAAUAGUUAUGUAGAAAUGUAGAGUUGGAGAAUCCUUUAGCAACCUCUUUGCUAUAGUGAUGGUUUGAAAUUAACACUAUAUUCAAUGUAUCUAUAUUAAUUGCAUCUCAUGCUACUUUAAUCGAAUGACUUUAGCAUGUCAGUAUGUCUCUAAGCAAGUUGACCCAUGUUCCAUCCCAUGUCUCCUGCCAUGCUGUAUCUGUGGACAGAUGUUGAUGAAUGCCUGGAGUCUGCAUCAUUGUGCUCCAACGGCCGCUGCAAGAACACUCCCGGCAGCUUCCUGUGUGUGUGCCAACCAGGCUUCAUGACAGAUGAGGAGGGAACCAGUUGCAUUGGUAAAGCCAUUUCACACACAUACCACCACACUCCCUGAAAUACAGAGACACACCAAAAACAGUAGUAGAAGCCUAGGAGAUUCAAUACAUGUUGUGCACCGCAGCAACACGCAUUUGGAUUGCCGUUUGGGUGUUUUCAUUUCAUUUCCCCAGUUGUCUUCAGUAUAGUUCCCCGUUGGCUUAGCCACCCUCCCUGGAGAUAGGGGCUGUGUUUUAGGAGGUGACCACAGUGUGGCCCAUUAGCAAUGUCCUCCCCAUCAUUCUCCCCAUCCUGGGAUAUAAAUACUGUGUACACUGUCAUUAGGUGGUUUCUGGUGUUUCUACACACGUUUUCUCUUCCACAAAAUGACACAAAAUGAGGUUUGCAGAGGCAAAAAGCCGGUGAUUAUUUCCCCAUAACUGCAGUGUAACAGUCGAACAUCUGAAAAUGAAAUAUGAGGGUAUAAUGUAUUACUGUUUGCAAGGGAUUUAUAUGUGGAUAUGAGUAAUUGAUCUAUUAUUAAGAAGAGCACCAAAACAGGCAACUUGAGGACGACAACCCUAAAUAUUUUGUAGGCAGAUGGAACGUUCAGUGACUGGAUGAAAACUAGACUAAAAAGACAUUGAGUACACUAACUUACCCAGAAGCAACACUACAUGCCACGUUAAAACAGAAAGAAAGUGUGCACUCUAUGUGCAAUCUGUAACUUGUUUUGUUGACUCAUGGAUUUACACUCUACGUCAGGGUGGGGGAUGUUUGUUUUCUAAGGAAGGGAGUGGUACCCUGGAUACCCUGGUAAAUGGAGGUCUGGCACAGAUCAAUGGACAGAUCAAGAGAUUCUAUCACUUUAGCCUGAACUUAAGCUACCCUUGCUGAUAUUGGACGGAGAAGUGUCUGACAUGUUUGUAAAACAUUAGUGACAUAGCACUAGAAUUAUUGGUACAUUUCGCCAGGGUUUUGGGAAUUAUGCUUAAUGGAUUCGGGUGAGUACCAAAAAAGGAAUGAUUAUUCUUGAAAGAUUCUUGAAUUUACUGUCUUUGUUGGAGCCAAGUGACCGCUCUGCUAUCCUCAAAUCUCUCCCUCUCUCCCAUCUCCAUCUCUCUCUAUCCCUCUCUCCCUCCCUCUCUCCUUCUCUGCAUCCCUUUCUCAGAUUUAAACGAGUGUCUGAACCCCAACGCUUGUCAUGAGGAUGGUUUUUGUGUCAACAACGUGGGUUCCUACAGCUGUCAGCACUGUGACAGUGGCUACAGGAUGAGCCCAACAGGCCAGUGUGAAGGUACUUGACGCACCCUUCACACAUUUGGGUUCUAGUUUGAGAGCUUUAGGGGCAGGAGAAUUAGAGGGGGUUUCAUGGUAAGACAAGGGCAGGGCUGUUUUUGCCCUAUCAACAACAUGGUAUGCAUAUGGCUUACUCACACAUCACCCACUCAUCCCACUCAAACCAAUGGCCUUUUCUGGUGUUGAUUCUCUCCUUGCCUCUCUUUUAUGUUCCUAACUCUCUCUCUUUCUUUCUCUCUCACUCUCUCUCAUAGAUAUAAAUGAGUGUCUGGACUUGGGUGUGUGUCCGUCCGGCCUGUGCAUCAACUUCCCAGGCUCGUAUGAGUGUGAUCUGUGUCCAAAGGGCUUCCAGGGCCAGGGAGGACAGUGUGUCGGUAUGUGACUGAACAUUCUCCUACCCUCACAAAUAAUCAGGAGCAUCGAAAUUACUGGAGUGGCUUGGCUCUGCAUUCAAAUUCCUUCCACCAAUUUGGUAGAUUAGUUUGGCAAUCCAUCGUUCUGUCUUGUUUGCGGGUAUGUGUGCGCACGCAUGUACAGUUUAAACAUACACUACAUGACCAAAAGAAUGUGGACACCUGCUCGUCGAACAUCUCAUUCCAAAAUUACAGGCAUUAAUAUGGAGCCUCCACUCUUCUGGGAAGGCUUUUCACUAGAUGUUGGAACAUUGCUGCGGGGACUUGCUUCCAUUCAGCCACAAGAGCAUUAGUGAGGUCGGGCACUGAUGUUGGGAGAUUAGGCCUGGCUCAAAGUCGGCGUUCCAAUUCAUCCCAAAGGUGUUCGAUGGGAUUGAGGACAGGGCUCUAUGCAGGCCAGUCAAGUUCUUCCACACCGAUCGCGCUUUGUGCAUGGGGGCAUUGUUAUGCUGAAACAGGAAAGGGCCUUCCCCAAACUGUUACCACAAAGUUGGAAGCACAGAAUCGUCUAGAAUAUCAUUGUAUGCUGUGGCGUUAAGAUUUCCUUCACUGGAACUAAGGGGCCAAGCACAAACCAUGAAAAACAGCCCCAGACCAUUAUUCCUCCUCCACCAAACUUUACAGUUGGCACUAUGCAUUGGGGCAGGUAAUGCUCUCCUGGCAUCCACCAAACCCAGAUUAGUCCGUCGGACUGCCAGAUGGUGAAGCGUGAUUCAUUGCUCCAGAGUCAGAUGGCGGCGAGCUUUACACCACUCCAACCGAUGCUUGGCAUUGCGCAUGGUGAUCUUAGGCUUGUGUGCGGCUGCUCUGCCAUGGAAACCCAUUUCAUGAAGCUCCCGCCGAACAGUUCCUGUGCUGACGUUGCUUCCAGAGGCAGUUUGGAACUCGGUAGUGAGUGUUGCAACCGAGGACAGACAAUUUUUAUGCGCUACGCGCUUCCGCAUUCGGCAGUCCUGUUCUGUGAGCUUGUGUGGCCUACCACUUCACAGCCAUGCCAUUGUUGCACCUAGACGUUUCCACUUCACAAUAACAGCACUUACAGUUGACCGGGGAAGCUCUAGCAGCGCAGAAAUUUGACGAACUGACUUGUUGGAAAGGUGGCAUCCUAUGACGGUGCCACGUUGAAUGUCAGCUCUUCAGUAAGGCCAUUCUACUGACAAUGUUUGUCUAUGGACAUUGCAUGGCUGUGUGCUCGAUUGUAUACACCUGUCAGAAACGGGUGUGGCUGAAAUAGCCGAAUCCACUAAUUUGAAGAGGUGUCCACAUACAUUUGUAUACAGUUGAAGUCGGAUGUUUACAUACACCUUAGCCAAAUACAUUUAAACUCAGUUUUUCACAAUUCCUGACAUUUAUUCCUAAUAAAAAUUCCCUGUCUUAGGUCAGUUAGGAUCACCACUUUAUUUUAAGAAUGUGAAAUGUCAGAAUAAUAGUAGAGAGAAUUAUUUAUUUAAGCUUUUAUUUCUUUCAUCACAUUCCCAGUGGGUCAGAAGUUUACAUACACUCAAUUAGUAUUUGGUAGCAUUGCCUUUAAACUGUUUAACUUAGGUCAAACGUUUCGGGUAGCCUUCCACAAGCUUCCCACAAUAAGUUGGGUGAAUUUUGGUCCAUUCCUCCUGACAGAGCUUGUGUAACUGAGUCAGGUUUGUAGGCCUCCUUGCUCGCACACGCUUUUUCAGUUCUGCCCACACAUUUUCUGUAGGAUUGAGGUCAGGGCUUUGUGAUGGCCACUCCAAUACCUUGACUUUGUUGUCCUUAAGCCAUUUUCCCACAACUUUGGAAGUAUGCUUGGGGUCAUUGUCCAUUUGGAAGACCCAUUUGCAACCAAGCUGUAACUUCCUGACUGAUACCUUGAGAUGUUGCUUCAAUAUAUCCACAUAAUUUUCCUUCCUCAUGAUGCCAUCUAUUUUGUGAAGUGCACCAGAUCUUCUGCAGCAAAGCACCCCCACAACAUGAUUCUGCCACCCCCUUUUUUCCUCCAAAAAUAACGAUGGUCAUUAUGGCCAAACAGUUCUAAUUUUGUUUCAUCAGACCAGAGGACAUUUCUCUAAAAAGUACAAUCUUUGUCCCCUUGUGCAGUUGCAAACCGUAGUCUGGCUUUUUUAUGGCGGCUUUGGAGCAGUGGCUUUUUCCUUGCUGAGCGGCCUUUCAGGUUAUGUCGAUAUAGCACUCGUUUUACUGUGGAUAUAGAUACUUUUGUACCUGUUUCCUCCAGCAUCAGUUCUUAAGCGGUGGUUUGAUUGAUAGCAGUCCCAUGUUUGGUUGUGGUUUUCUCUGGUUCAACUGAUGUUUAUCUGACAUUUAUACGAUGUUAGUCGGAUGCUUGUCUAACGCCUCCGUCUCAUGCCGCAUGUUCCCUCCGCUCUGCUGGCACUGUCUCUCUCCCUGCCGAUGCCUUGUUGCUCCUGGAAGAGAGUGGCUUUAAUUUCUUUCACAUAUGGCUUCUGCUAUUUUUCCACCAAAGACCUUCAUGCCAGGAGUCUUGCCCCAUGCCAGAGUUGUUUUAAAUGCCCUUUCCUGCAGUAAAAAAAGAGAAAAAACAGAGAAGGAAGCCUUUGAGCUCGCUGUCUAGACAAGGAGGAAUAUUUUCUCCUGUACUCUGUCACUCCUGAUUUAUGCAGGAGCUCAGGCUUAGUCAGUGAGGUCUUCCGUGUGCGUGUGUGUGUGCGUGUGGGCGGGCAGGCAUACAUACAUACACUACCGUUCAAAAGUUUGGGGUCACUUAGAAAUGUCCUUGUUUUCCAUGAAAACAUACAUGAAAUGAGUUUGAAUAGGAAAUAUAGCAAAAUGAAUAGUACAUGUAGUCAUUGACAAGGUUAGAAAUAAUGAUUUUUAAUUGAAAUAAUAAUUGUGUCCUUCAAACUUUGCUUUCGUCAAAGAAUCCUCCAUUUGCAGCAAUUACAGCCUUGCAGACCUUUGGCAUUCUAGUUGUCAAUUUGUUGAGGUAAUCUGAAGAGAUUUCACCCCAUGCUUCCUGAAGCACCUCCCACAAGUUGGAUUGGCUUGAUGGGCACUUCUUACGUACCAUACGGUCAAGCUGCUCCCACAACAGCUCAAUAGGGUUGAGAUCCGGUGACUGUACUGGCCUCUCCAUUAUAGACAAAAUACCAGCUGACUGCUUCUUCCCGAAAUAGUUCUUACAUAGUUUGGAGCUGUGCUUUGGGUCAUUGUCCUGUUGUAGGAGGAAAUGGACUCCAAUCAAGCGCCGUCCACAGGGUAUGGCAUGGCGUUGCAAAAUGGCGUGAUAGCCUUCCUUCUUCAAGAUCCCUUUUACCCUGUACAAAUCUCCCACUUUACCACCACCAAAGCACCCCCAGACCAUCGCAUUGCCUCCAUAAUUUGGUCUGCGUCUCACAAAUGUUCUUCUUUGUGAUCCGAACACCUCAAACUUCGAUUCGUCUGUCCGUAACACUUUUUUUCCAAUCUUCCUCUAUCCAGUGUCUGUGUUCUUUUGCCCAUCUUAAUCUUUUAUUUUUAUUGGCCAGUCUGAGAUAUGGCUUUUUCUUUGCAGCUUUGCCUAGAAGGUCAGCAUCCCGGAGUCGCCUCUUCACUGUUGACGUUGAGACUGGUGUUUUGCGGGUACUAUUUAAUGAAGAUGCCUGUUGAGGACCUGUGAGGCGUCUGUUUCUCAAACCAGACACUCUAAUGUAUUUGUCCUCUUGCUCAGUUGUGCACCGGGGCAUCCCACUCCUCUUUCUAUUCUGGUUAGAGCCAGUUUGCGCUGUUCUGUGAAGGGAGUAGUACACAGUGUUGUACGAGAUCUUCAGUUUCUUGGCAAUUUCUCGCAUGGAAUAGCCUUCAUUUCUCAGAACAAGAAUAGACUGACGAGUUUCAGAAGAAAGUUCUUUUUUUCUGGCCAUUUUGAGCCUGUAAUCGAACCCACAAUUGCUGAUGCUCCAGAUACUCAACUAGUCUCAAGUUUUAUUGCUUCUUUAAUCAGCACAACAGUUUUCAGCUGUGCUAACAUAAUUGCAAAAGGGUUUUCUAAUGAUCAAUUAGCCUUUUUUAAAUGAUAAACUUGGAUUAGCAAACACAAUGUGCCAUUGGAACACAGGACUGAUGGUUGCUGAUAAUGGGCCUCUGUACGCCUAUGUAGAUAUUCCAUUAAAAAUCAGCCGUUUCCAGCUACAAUAGCCAUUUACAACAUUAACAAUGUCUACACUGUAUUUCUGAUCAUUUUGAUGUUAUUUUAAUGGACAAACAAAUUGCUUUUCUUUCUAAAAUAAGGACAUUUCUAAGUGACCCCAAACAUUUGAACGGUAGUGUACUUAUGGAGUUCUGGACAACAUAAGCAAUUACAACUACGAUAGUAUUCACUAAGGAAAUGAAUUAGGCGGAUGCUCCAUAGUACGUGAGCAUCUUGCAUGUUGUACAAGUCUGUAAAGCUGUCCAACAGGUCAUCCUUCAGCAGAGUUAACAGCAGAUUACUUUUGCAGGUGCCAUCACUGAGGCUGAGGGUUGGGAUUCCAAUUAGCUAUAGACAGACAUAUGAUCCUCCCAAGGCAAAAGGAGGCAAGCAGAGGAAAUAGCAUUUACUGUUAGGGGAGUUCUCCUCUCCCCUUCUCCCUGUGGUAUAAACAUGUUUUCAGCCUGAACAUGUCUCCACAAUAGGCCCCCCUGAGGUGGGGCCACGACCUUGUUUAAUCCUGGGAACAUGGGCCCAGUGAACCAGCAAUAGGCCAUAAAACACCUCAGCGCCCCCCAGCUCAGUCCCUCCAGCUCAGCCCACCACUACCCCUGUUUAUCUUGGACCAGCAGAACCACAGCUGAGGAGCAGACUGGGACUGAGGCCUGGACCACAAUCAAAGCACAGGGGUCCAGGCCCACAGCUCUUCUACCCAGACCCCAGCUUAGCUUUAGUACUGUAAUACCCCCAAGGGGCCAUAGACUGUCCACCCCUGUAACAGCCAAAGGAUGGUCUGACCCAAGAAGAAGGAUGGUUGGGCUCCAGGGAGGGCCUGUUUGACAUCUAGAUUGAAUUGUGUCCAGCAUAGAUCAAGAGGAAGAUGAAACCUGCUGUGGCCUGUCACAUCUGCUUCUGUGGUUGUCUCUCUCUCUCUGUCUCUUUCAUCUCUGGCUCUGAUAACGUUAAGCUUUUUCUAUGAGUCUCGGUCAACGGACAUUCAGGAUAUCCAAGGGCAUCCAAGUCUUCAACUGUUGGAUGUUUGUUUCAAACACCCCUUGAGAAUGUUUUUUUGUUGGCAUAUGGGGCAUACCGGUAUGCUGAGUGUGCGUGUGUGUACAUGUGUGUUUCUUUGCAGACGUGGAUGAGUGCUCGGAUGGCACCAGGUGUGUUGGCAGCUCCUGUGAGAACAGCCAGGGUUCCUACAGAUGCCAGUGUGACAGUGGCUACCGCCUGCAGGCAGACACUGACACUUGCCUGGGUUGGUAACACUCUCUGUCACACAACUACAUAUCCCAUCAUUCUAUAUGCCGAUGGUGAUAUCCUGAAGACUACAAUUCAAACAUCGCUACUGUGUUCAGUUCAGUGGGGUGUAUAGGUGUUUAUCUGGGUUUUGACUGGGGUACUGUGGUUCUGUGCUCUCCCAGAUAUCGAUGAGUGUUCAGAGUUGGGGCAGAGUAUCUGUGGGGCGUGGCAGUGUGAGAACACGGAGGGCUCCUAUAGGUGUGUGGUGGACUGCCCCCCCGGACACAACCAUGGCCCAGAGGGCAUCUGUGUGGGUGAGUCAGCAUCAUGGGGGCAUCUUGAGGGCAGCCAUAGCCCUGCAAACUUUCAGAUGUCGCCCCAUCCAAUCCUUCGCUUUAAAAUACUAAAGUGCCAAUCAAGUGUCUUGUCAUGCACUCCUCUUCCACCCAUGUAUCUCAUCUUACCCUCCUCCAUCCAUCCAUCAAAACUCACCUUACCCCCUCACCCAUCAACACACCUUUCCAUACCAUUCCCCAUCCAUCUACAUGCAUUUUUGUUCUGUCCUAUCAACUGCUUUUGGUAGACAGUGAGCACUACAAAGAAUCAACUUGGCUUCACUCCUGUACAUGUACACUAUAUAAUCAAAUGUAUGUGGACAUCCCUCCAAAUUAGUGGAUUCAGCUAUUUCAGCCACACCCGUUGCUGACAGGUGUAUAAAAUCGAGCACACAGCCAUGCAAACUACAUAGACAAGCAUUGGCAGUAGAAUGGCCUUACUGAAGAGCUCAGUGACAUUCAAUGUGGUACCGUCAUAGGAUGCCACCUUUUCAAACAAGUCAGUUCAUAACAUUUCUGCCCUGCCAGAGGUGCACCGGUCAACUGUAAGUGCUGUUAUUGUGAAGUGGAAAUGUUUAGGAGCAACAACGGCUCAGCCGCGAAGUGUUAGGCCACACAAGCUCACAUAACGGGACCGCAGAAGCGCGUAAAAAUCAUCUGUCCUCAGUUGCAACACUCACUACCGAGUUCCAAACUGCCUCUGGAAGCAACUUCAGCACAACUGUUUCUCGGGAGCUUCAUGAAAUGGGUUUCCAUGGCCGAGCAGCCGCACCAAGCCUAAGAUCACCAUGUGCAAUGCCAAGCGUUGGCUGGAGUGGUGUAAAGCUCGCCGCCAUUGGACUCUGGAGCAGUGGAAACGCGUUCUCUGGAGUGAUAAAUCACGCUUCACCAUCUGGUAGUCCGAUGGACAAAUCUGGAUUUGGCAGAUGCCAGGAGAACGCUACCUGCCCAAAUGCAUAGUGCCAACUGUAAAGUUUUGUGGAGGAGGAAUAAUGGUCUGGGGCUGUUUUUCAUGGUUCGGGCUAGGCCCCUUAGUUCCAGUAAAGGUACAUCUUAACGCUACAGCAUACAAUUACAUUCUAGACGAUUCUGUGCUUCCAACUUUGUGGCAACAGUUUGGGGAAGGCCCUUUCCUGUUUCAGUAUGACAAUGCCCCCGUGCACAAAGUGAGGUCCAUACAGAAAUGGUUUGUCGAAAUCGGUGUGGAAGAACUUGACUAGCCUGCACAGAGCCCUGACUUCAACCCCAUAGAACACCUUUGCCCAGCUCAGCCAAGACAAGAGGACGUUUAUGUGAGACAUGUUUUGUCUACCGCUCUCCAUGAUUUUCCUAGUGUUCUUCUGUGUUAAUAUUUGAGCAUAUUUAUUACAGUUUUCGCAGGGUGUGGAGUCUAAUGUACAAACACACACACACACACACACACACACAGUACACACACACACACACACACAGUACACUACCGGUCAAAUGUUUUAGAACACCUACUCAUUCAAGGGUUUUUCUUAAUUUUUACUAUUAUUCUACAUUGUAGAAUAAUAGUGAAGACAUCAAAACUAUGAAAUAACACAUAUGGAAUCAUGUAGUAACCAAAAAAGUGUUAAACAAAUACAGUGGGGAGAACAAGUAUUUGAUACACUGCCGAUUUUGCAGGUUUUCCUACUUACAAAGCAUGUAGAGGUCUGUAAUUUGUAUCAUAGGUACACUUCAACUGUGAGAGACGGAAUCUAAAACAAAAAUCCAGAAAAUCACAUUGUAUGAUUUUUAAGUAAUGAAUUUGCAUUUUAUUGCAUGACAUAAGUAUUUGAUACAUCAGAAAGCAGAACUUAAUAUUUGGUACAGAAACCUUUGUUUGCAAUUACAGAGAUCAUACGUUUCCUGACCAGGUUUGCACACACUGCAGCAGGGAUUUUGGCCCACUCCUCCAUACAGACCUUCUCCAGAUCCUUCAGGUUUCAGGCUGUCGCUGGGCAAUACGGACUUUCAGCUCCCUCCAAAGAUUUUCUAUUGGGUUCAGGUCUGGAGACUGGCUAGGCCACUCCAGGACCUUGAGAUGCUUCUUACGGAGCCACUCCUAAAUUGCCCUGGCUGUGUGUUUUGGUUCGUUGUCAUGCUGGAAGACCCAGCCACGACCCAUCUUCAAUGCUCUUACUGAGGGAAGGAGGUUGUUGGCCAAGAUCUCGCGAUACAUGGCCCAAUCCAUCCUCCCCUCAAUACUGUGCAGUUGUCCUGUCCCCUUUGCAGAAAAGCAUCACCAAAGAAUGAUGUUUCCACCUCCAUGUUUCACGGUUGGGAUGGUGUUCUUGGGGUUGUAUUCAUCCUUCUUCUUCCUCCAAACACGGCGAGUGGAAUUUAGACCAAAAAGCUCUAUUUUAGUCUCAUCAGACCACAUGACCUUCUCCCAUUCCUCCUCUGGAUCAUCCAGAUGGUCAUUGGCAAACUUCAGACGGGCCUGGACAUGCGCUGGCUUGAGCAGGGGGACCUUGCGUGCGCUGCAGGAUUUUAAUCCAUGACAGCGUAGUGUGUUACUAAUGGUUUUCUUUGAGACUGUGGUCCCAGCUCUCUUCAGGUCAUUGACCAGGUCCUGCCGUGUAGUUCUGGGCUGAUCCCUCACCUUCCUCAUGAUCAUUGAUGCCCCACGAGGUGAGAUCUUGCAUGGAGCCCCAGACCGAGGGUGAUUGACCGUCAUCUUGAACUUCUUCCAUUUUCUAAUAAUUGCGGCAACAGUUGUUGCCUUCUCACCAAGCUGCUUGCCUAUUGUCCUGUAGCCCAUCCCAGCCUUGUGCAGCUCUUCAAUUUUAUCCCUGAUGUCCUUACACAGCUCUCUGGUCUUGGCCAUUGUGGAGAGGUUGGAGUCUGUUUGAUUGAGUGUGUGGACAGGUGUCUUUUAUACAGGUAACGAGUUCAAACAGGUGCAGUUAAUAAAGGUCAUGAGUGGAGAACAGGAGGGCUUCUUAAAGAAAUACUAACAGGUCUGUGAGAGCCGGAAUUCUUACUGGUUGGUAGGUGAUCAAAUACUUAUGUCAUGCAAUAAAAUGCAAAUUAAUUACUUAAAAAUCAUACAAUGUGAUUUUCUGGAUUUUUGUUUUAGAUUCCGUCUCUCACAGUUGAAGUGUACCUAUGAUACAAAUUACAGACCUCUACAUGCUUUGUAAGUAGGAAAACCUGCAAAAUCGGCAGUGUAUCAAAUACUUGUUCUCCCCACUGUAUAUAUACAUUUUAUAUUUGCGAUUCUUCAAAUAGCCACCCUUUGCCUUGAUGACAGCUUUGCACACUCUUGGCAUUCUCUCAACCAGCUUUUUUCUUCUUUUUUUUUUGUCAUUUUAGCAGACGCUCUUAUCCAGAGCGACUUACAGUUAGUGAGUGCAUACAUUUUCAUACUGGCCCCCCGUGGGAAACGAACCCACAACCCUGGCGUUGCAAGCGCCAUGCUCUACCAACUGAGCUACAGGGGACUACACCUGGAAUGCUUUUCCAACAGUCUUGAAGGAGUUCCCACAUAUGCUGAGCACUUGUUGGCUGCUUUUCCUUCACUCUGCGGUCCGCCUCAUCCCAAACCAUCUCAAUUGGGUUGAGGUCGGGGGAUUGUGGAGGCCAGGUCAUCUGAUGCAGCACUCCGUCACUCUCCUUCUUGGUAAAAUAGCCCUUACACAGCCUGGAGGUGUGUUGGGUCAUUGUCCUGUUGAAAAACGAAUAAUAGUCCCACUAAGCCCAAACCAGAUGGGAUGGCGUAUCGCUGCAGAAUGCUGUGGUAGCCAUGCUGGUUAAGUGUGCCUAGAAUUCUAAAUAAAUCACAGACAGUGUCACCAGCAAAGCACCCCCACACCAUAACAACACCUCCUCCGUGCUUUACGGUGGGAAAUACACAUGCGGAGAUCAUCCGUUCACCCACACCGCAUCUCACAAAGACACGGCGGUUGGUACAAAAAUCUCCAAUUUGGACUCUAGACCAAAGGACAAAUUUCCACCGGCCUAAUAUCCAUUGCUCGUGUUUCUUGGCCCAAGCAAGUCUCUUCUUCUUAUUGGUGUCCUUUAGUAGUGGUUUAUAAUAUAAUAUAAUAUGCCAUUUAGCAGACGCUUUUAUACAAAGCGACUUACAGUCAUGUGUGCAUACAUUUUUUUUGUAUGGGUGGUCCCUGGGAUCGAACCCACUACCCUGGCGUUACAAGCACCAUGCUCUACCAAUUGAGCUACAGAGGACCAAUUCGACAAUCAAGGCCUGAUUCUCACAGUCUCUUCUGAACAGUUGAUGUUGAGAUGUGUCUGUUACCUGAACUCUGUGAAGCAUUUAUUUGGGCUGCAAUUUCUGAGGCUGGUAACUCCCGAGUGCGAGUGGCGCAGUGGUCUAAGGCUCUGCAUCGCAGUGCUAGCUGUGCCACUAGAGAUCCUGGUUCGAAUCCAAGCUCUGUUGUAGCCGGCCGCGACCGUGAGACCCACGGGGCGGCGCACAAUUGGCCCAGCGUCGUCCAGGGUAGGUGAGGGAAUGGCCGGCAGGGAUGUAGCUCAGUUGGUAGAGCAUGGCGUUUGCAACGCCAGGGUUGUGGGUUCGAUUCCCACGGGGGCCAGUAUGAAAAAAUAAUAAUGUAUGCACUCACUAACUGUAAGUCGCUCUGGAUAAGAGCGUCUGCUAAAUGACUAAAAUGUAAAUGUAAAUGUAAUGAACUUAUCCUCUGCAACAGAGGUAACUCUGGGUCUUCCUUUCCUGUGGCGGUCCUCAUGAGAGCCAGUUUCAUCAUAGCGCUUGAUGGUUUUUGCGACUGUACUUGAAGAAACUUUCAAAGUUCUUGAAAUGUUCCGUAUUGACUGACCUUCAUGUCUUAAAGUAAUGAUGGACUGUCGUUUCUCUUUGCUUAUUUGAGCUGUUCUUGCCAUUUUACCAAAUAGGGCUAUGUUCUGUAUACCACCCCUACCUUGUCACAACACAACUGAUUGGCUCAAACACAUUAAGGAGGAAAGAAAUUCCACAAAUUAACUUUUAAGGAGGCACACCUGUUAAUUGAAAUGCAUUCCAAGUGACUACCUCAUAAAGUUGGUUGAGAGAACGCCAAGAGUGUGCAAAGCUGUCAUCAAGGCAAAGGGUGGCUAUUUGAAGAAUCGCGAAUAUAAAAUAUAUUAAAAAAUAUAUUAUUUGUUUAACACGUUUUUGGUUACUACAUGAUUCCAUAUGUGUUAUUUAAUAGUUUUGAUGUCUUCACUAUUAUUCUACCAUGUAGAAAAUAGUAAAAAAAUAAAGAAAAACCUUUGAAUGAGUAGGUGUUCUAAAACGUUUGACCGGUAGUGUACAUGUGCAUGCAAACAUACACACACUUUUUUCAUUUCUUUUGGCCUUGCCUCUGUGUGCUCAUGGUAUACUGUACUUUACUGCUUUGCCUCAACUCUGGACACAGCAAAUAUUUAAUAUUUAAUUAAUUUAAUAUAACUGUCUGGAUGCUCAUACUCAUAAAAAAUGACACCAAUGAGAGAUGUGCUUCAAACUUGAGACUAGUUCCACUGCAGCUCAGUGGGUGUAGGCUUCUGCUGUUCUGUGGGUCAACUGGUCCUAAUUGAGGAACCACCUCUGCCACUGAGACGGUAUAGAACAACAGCUACCUAAACCUUGACCCUUCUCCUCCUCGUUCUGCAGAUAUUGAUGAGUGCAACGUCAACGCCACGGUGUGUGGCAGCCACGGCUUCUGUGAGAACACGGUCGGAUCCUUCCGCUGCCUGUGUGACCGGGGCUACCAGGAGUCCCAGGAGGGCCUUGGCUGUGUGGGUGAGUAGGAGUGGGGUUUGUCAGUGUGGGGAGGGGGUUACAGAAAUGUACCAGGAAGGCAAUGGAAGGAAUGAAGACAGUAGUGUAUGACAAGGGCAAGUCUAGGUCUGUUUCUUAAAAGAACAUCUGGUAUAGUCUUUAGUACAUCUAUGUGCUAAUAUAUACUGAACAGUUGGCACCUGUUUUGACUUAAUACAAAGUCACUGACUAAUUCUCAGUGGCAUAUCAUUUGAUAUAUUUUUUGUCAAAUAUUCAGAAGCAUCUCUUUUAUGUCUGUCCAUGUGUGUGGGUUGAUGAUAUACAGUAGGUGCUAAUUAUUUGCAAGGAAGUUACAAGGUUUUCCUCUACACUCAAAUAAAGGUUCAAGUUGGAACCAAAUAAGGUUAUUCAAUGCGAUGCGAUAGGGCACGUUAUUCGACUAUUACCCUACGAGGUCCAGAGCCUGCUGGUUUUCUGUUCUACCUGACAAUGAACUGCACCCACCUGGUGUCCCAGGUCUAAAUCAGUCCCUGAUUAGAAGAGAACAAUGAAAAAACAUUGAGGUCCAGAGUUGAGUUUGAGGGCCAUAGGGGAACCAUUUUAGGUUCUCUGAAUAACCUUAAAUGAGAUGGUUCUUUGAAAAACCAUACGAAAAUCCAUGUAGAAACAAAAACCAGAAAUGUUGGGGCCCUCAAGAACAGGAAUUGAAUAGCCAAGCUGUAGCGUGUUGAGUCUUAUUUGCAUAUUUCCAUUGUGCCUUUCGAGUGAAUUUUAGAGUUACCAGUUCCACUUAUGACUGUGUUUGCUAGUGACAGACACAUGGUUGUUGCAUUCAUUAAUUUUCAGUCCUGGGCCUUCACCAAGUGAGAUCCAAAGUGAAUAUGUUAUCAUCAAAUUCUUUAAGACAAUACAAUACAUAUUUCAUAAGGCCUUAUUUUGAGGGCCUAUUACCUUAAUACAGUGGCCUGAAACUCAUGGUUUAAAGGCCACAUCAGGCCUGCAAGUAACAUUAUGCUGGCUUGCAAAGUGAUGUGUAAUUCCUGUUGGAAUCCAGCCAGAGUGGGGAUAUCCAACAUUUGGAAUGUCUAUUCCCCUGCAACCUGCAUUCAGAAUGACUGCCAAGGUUGGGAAGACUAAGAUAUGAGAUUACCUAAAGUAUCUAAACUGGAACAAAAAUUUCAGUAACGGGUCCAAGUAACAGAUUGGAUUAGUUUAGAAAAAUAUAUGUUAUUUAUAUUUGAGUAGCAUAAGAUUAAUAAAUCAAUCAAUGUACAUGCAAAAACAUAGGAAUUGAAACAAACAAUUCAAAAAUCAACCUGCAAUAGAGCAUACUGGGUAAUAUGAUAAUGAUGGCUGUGGUUUUGGUUCAACUCUGGUUAUUAAGACCAACACUGAGGUUAUUUUAUACCACUGAGUGUUAAUUUAAAUCUUUACCUGAAUCAACACUACAAAUGUUACACUGAAAAAUCAACACUAGUUAAAGCCCCCAUACAGUCUCUUUAAUUUUAUUUUGAAAUCAUCACUCUAAUAAAUCACUGAGUGUGUUUAUUUAAUUAAUUUAAUUAAUCAUUAAAUUCCCUGAGCUUCCUUUUGCCAUUGAAAUCUCAGUCUGAUUGUGUGGGUGUGUUGAUACAAAUGUAAAUAUCUUUACAUACACAGCCCUGAUUGGCGGAUAGAAUCGUCUAGACUCUAGACUACAGCCUAUCCCGCUUACCCCCUUCAAAGUAGGAGGAUAAAUAUGCAAAUAAAAGAUGACUGGGUCAUUGGUCAGAAUAACCAGAUCAGAUUGUGAUGUCAUGUCGAGUUCUUAGACCGAAUCCGACGGGGCCUGGGCGGGUUUCAGGCUUGCCGUGCUGUGUUAAGAAAAAAAACGGUUUGUCUGCGCACCUUUUAGCCUACUAUGGCUCUCAGCCGCAGCAGCUGCAGAAACUAGUGGCGCCAGGAUUCCAAUAUUGGCUGGGCCGGAGAAAUUUGUGGCCAUGAUGAAACUUAUUUUCGAAUGAUUGAAAUGUUUCAAAUUGUGAUACGAAUGGGCUGGAGUGCACUCAGAAGAAUGAUGAUGCACAAGACCACGACAGCCAUAUUCCAAUGGCAUCUGGUAACGCCGAUACAUCCAAACAAAAUACACCCUAUGACUGCCCUGCUAAUGCGCCUUGCUGGACCUUGCAACUAUCAAAAGUAGACCCAUAAAUGAUCCAAAUGUUUUCCUAAUCAAACAUGCAUUCAAAACACGGGGCUUUUGAGCGAUUAUUCAAAUGGAGGUUUGGCAGAAAAUCUAGUUAUUUACUUAUUGUUUUAUUAUUCAAGGCUCUCUUUGUUAUUUCAUUUCAAAAUAAACGUUUUUUAAAUAUUUAAAGUCAUGAAUGACUCGUAUUCUAUGUAAUGACAUGAAUGAAUGAAUGAUUGAUUGAUUAAUUAAUUACAUUGAUGUAACAUUAAGACAGAUAAAACAGGAUGUGCUCUUACAGCUCGUUGGUGGAUAGAUUAUAUAAGGCUACUACAGUGCAUUUGGAAAGUAUUCAGACGCCUUCACUUUUUCCACAUUUUGUUACGAUACAGCCUUAUUCUAAAAUGGAUUAAAUUAAAAAAAUUCCCUCAUCAAUCUACACACAAUACCCCAUAAUGACUAAGCGAAAAUAGGUUUUUAGACAUUUGGGCAAAUGUAUUACAAAUAAAAAACAGAAAUACCUUAUUUACAUAAGUAUUCAGACCCUUAGCUAUGAGACUUGAAAUUGAGCUCAGGUGCAUCCUGUUUCCAUUGAUCAUCCUUGAGAUGUUUCUACAACUUGAUUGGAGACCACCUGUGGUAAAUUCAAUUGAUUGGACAUGAUUUGGAAAGGCACACACCUGUCUAUAUAAGGUCCCACAGUUGACAGUGCAUGUCAGAAACCAAGCCAUGAGGUCAAAGGAAUUGUCCGUAGAGCUCCAAGACAGGAUUGUGUCGAGGCACAGAUCUGGGGAAGGGUACUAAAACAUUUCUGCAGCAUUGAAGGUCCCCAAGAACACUGUGGCCUCCAUCAUUCUUAAAUGGAAGAAGUUUGGAACCACCAAGACUCUUCCUAGAGCUGGCCGCCCGGCCAAACUGAGCAAAUCGGGGAGAAGGGCCUUGGUCAGGGAGGUGAUCAAGAACCCGAUUGUCACUCUGACAGAGCUCCAGAGUUCCUCUGUGGAGAUGGGAGAACCAUCCAGAAGGAUAACCAUCUCUGCAGCACUCCACCAAUCAGGCCUUUAUGGUAAAGUGGCCAUUCCUCAGUAAAAGGCACAUGACAGCCCGCUUGGAGUUUGCCAAAAGGCACCUAAAGGACUCUCAGACCAUGAGAAACAAGAUUCUCUGGUCUGAUGAAACUAAGAUUGAACUCUUUGGCCUGAAUGCCAAGCGUCACAUCUGAGGAAACCUGGCACCAUCCCUACGAUGAAGCAAGGUGGUACCAGCAUCAUGCUGUGGGGAUGUUUUUCAGCGGCAAGGACUGGAAGACUAGUCAGGAUCGAGGCAAAGAUGAACGGAGCAAAGUACAGAGAGAUCCUUGAUGAAAACCUGCUCGAGAGCGCUCAGGACCUCAGACUGGGGCAAAGGUUCACCUUCCAACAGGACAACAACCCUAAGCAAACAGCCAAAACAACGCAGGAGUGGCUUUGGGACAAGUCUCUGAAUGUCCUUGAGAGGCCCAGCCAGAGCCCAGGCUUGAGCCCGAUCUAACAUCUCUGGAGAGAAAAUAGCUGUGUGGCAACGCUCCCAAUCCAACCUGACAGAGCUUGAGAGAACCUGCAGAGAAGAAUGGGAGAAACUCCCCAAAUACAGGUGGCCAAGCUUGUAGCGUCAUACCCAAGAAGACUCAAGGCUGUAAUCGCUGCCAAAGGUACUUCAACAAAUUAUUGAGUAAAGGGUCUGAAUACUAAUAUAAAUGUGAUAUUUCAGUUUCUUUUAUAUUUUUUGGAAUAUUUUAUAAAAACCUGUUUUUGCUUUGUCAUUAUGGGGUAUUGUGAGUAGAUUGAGGGGGAAAAAAACAAUUAAAUCAAUUUUAGAAUAAGACUGUAACGUAACAAAAUGUGGAAAAAUGGGUCUGUAUACUUUCAGAAUUCACUGUAUGUGAGUCAAGAGCAAAAUAAUGGGCUACACUUGAUUUAGGCUACAUUAUUGCAUGCUAAAUGUUUCUGAUCAGGGAUAGAUGAACAAACGAAUAAAUGAGCUACCACUUCCACUUAUCCAACCAGAGUUCAAUUAACCAAAUAUACAGACAGAGAUUCAGUGAAACAAAAUUACAUUGAUUGAUUAUCAGACAAGUCACAGGCUUUUGGUCGAGACUCGGCAGUAGGACAGGCUACUACGCAAGUGAAGCACAAAAUCCACUUGUUAAGCUACAUAACAUGCUAGCAAAAUGUUCAUAUGAGCAAACUAGAAUAAAAAUGAUCAUGAGCACUCACUCAACUCAACUUAGUUAACAUUUACCCAGCCUAAUUGUUACCAAAUAUCAAAACUGGGAUUCAGUGAAAACCAAAAGUCCCCCAUGCUUGUCUCAAAGCAGCACGAUGGCGCUGUCCCAAUCAAAACAGUGCUGAAAUGAUCAUCUAGGUGGCCAUACACAACUAUUGCUUUAAAUUAGUAUAACGGUUGGAAAUGACUUUGGGAGUUUCAGUAGGCCUAUAAGCAAGAAUUUGAUUAAUGCCUUCAAUUGUAUUAGCCUACUUUGUUCCAAUAUUUUCGCCAUUCUUAACUAAUGUGAGUUUUCCUCUCUCUGUGCUUUUUCUAGGCCCAAUGGCUGCAUUCUUCUCAACACCAGUUUAACUCAAUAUACUGUUUUCUAUAUAUCAGGCUUUUUUUGGCGUUCGGGCUAAUUUAAUUUCUGUGACGUCGGAAGCCCGGGCUUCAGCUCACCGGGCUUGGGUUGACCGGGCUCAACUUUUCAGGCCCGAUGAGAACUCUAAUAUCAUGCUGUGGGCCAAAAACGCCAUUCCACCCAAACAGGCUAAAAUUCCAGCCGUUUUUUUUCUACACUAAAAGGCCAUCAUUUUCACAAUUUCAGAGUGUAAUUUCGACCUCAUAGUGUGGAAAUAUAUAUAUAUAUAUUUUUUUGAAAUCACGUUUUUGACUGCACUGCCCCUUUAACACUGGCCAAUUUGCUGUGUGCUAUGAAAGGGCUUCCAUACAUUUCAAGAACCUUUUAGAAUUCUGAAGAACCGUAGAUGCCACGUUGAGAAUCCCCAACUUAACUCAAAGGUUCUUUAUUGGGCAAGAGUUCUAACCAUUUAAGAACCUUCAUUAUUUUCAGUGUAAGUGUCCUGCUGAAAGCAUCGGAACACUCUUAAAACCAAACUGCUAGCGUUGAUGGCUAAAACUUCUGCUCCCUUCUUGAGACAACUCCAGCAGUGUUGUCAUGACGACUGAAUGACAGCUCACUUCUAUUAUGGAUAUGCUGGGUAGUCUGCCAUGGCUAUAUCUGUCAACCUAGAAUACCAAGAGUAACCUUUUAAUCUUAAAAUGAGAUUUAUUUUCUCAUUCAGUGGCAACUACUGUAGCCUUUAGCCAAGUAUAAACAUGAAUUCGUCCAUGCAAAGCAAUAGGAAGUAUGAUUGAGUGUAUUUUCCUGACAGCUAUUUUCCUCUGAAGUUUGUUGGCGGUGGCAGUGCUAGAAAUGUAUGCUUUAUGCUUCUCUUAAAGAUAGUGUAAGCAUUGUAGAUAUGAAAUCAUAUGUCAUGAAAGACUUGCAUGUGAUGAUAUGGUGUGGGUCAUAUUGAUGCAGGUUGAUAUAACUUAAAAUACUCCUGUCUUCUCUCAAAUUUGUAGUUUAAAAAUGUGUAGUUUCCCUCUUUGCAUGAAAAUAAGAUGGCAGACGUGUCGCAAGACAUUUGAUUGAUGUGACCAUUUAUUUUCAUUCAAUUUGAAGUUGUAGCUCUGUUAUGUAUUAAAUAUAUCCCACUGUGUCUGCAGUGCUCCUCAGACCCUAAGUUUGGAAAAUGCACUGGAGCUUAGACUCUGAUGUCUCAUGCAUACACACACUCACAGGCACACACACCGUUGCAGUGAAAGUAAUGGAGAGCUGUAAAGCUGUAUGGCUGCUGUCUGUCAGUAUGAGUCCAGGCCUCUGGUUCCUGUCUGCUUAUCCCCGCUGAAGAGAAAGAUUGACUAUAAGACAGAGAUUUUGAUUUCAUAUUUUGCCUUUUGAUUUGACUUGUUUCAAUACUGGAGUUGUCAGAAUCGGAUCUAUAGUUUACACAACUAUAGAUGUAGUGUACUGUAUGUGUGGUCGACCAGGUUAUUUCUCAGUCAAUAGCUUUUUCUGGUCAGGGCUGGGCUGUGGUGGUUCGCUAUCAGUGAUGCAUGGCUUUCAUUUCAGCCCCGGGCUGCAGUGGAUUCAAAGGUGAGAGUGUUCUGUCAGAAAAUCCAUCCCUGAUACCAAAUCAAACCCCAGACAACCCCAUCGCCUUGGACUGAUGUCUUCCUCAGCCAAGCCAGGGGACAUCAAGGGCAUUCUUCCACAGACCCACAGAAAACCAGUGCUCACUCUAUCAAAAGAGCUCAGAAUGCCAUUUGUUUUGUUACUCUCAAUUUCAUUCUCACAGUUUGAGGGGGUUUGAGGGAGUGGGGGAUCAUAAUCAGAUAGAGAACCAGUGAGUUCAUGUUUUUGGACAAGCUGAAGAAUUGGAGCUCGUUUGUCUUAGUGGUUUCCUUAACUGGGCCCAUGCAGUUCCCAUCUAUUCCAAUUUCCUCCUGCAGAAAGGCCUGUCAGGGCCCUGAAAGUGGGUCGCAGGCACUCUCAUAUUGAAGCUGAUAAAAUACUUUCUUCAGCCAGACCUCUCUGACCUGUGCGCACAUACACACGCACACACGUACACAUUCAUACACUUACACAAACACUUUUACACACACAUGCACUCCCUGCAACAUACACACACACACACUCCCUGCAACACAUACACACACACGCACGCACACACGUACACAUUCAUACACCUACACAAACACUUUUACACACACAUGCACUCCCUGCAACACACACACAUACACACACACACACGUACGUGCACACACACACACACACACACACACAGUCACGUAAACUUACGGUCUCUCUUGCUUUCUUUCUCUCAUACACACUCUGUACCUUGGCAAGUGUUGGUGGGUCCCACCCCAGCCUUGUACAGCCAGCUACCUCUGUUCUCCUGCCAGUCCAUCACUCUGCUGUGGCUUGCACAGAUGGUCUCGCCCCCUGCCCCCCACCCACCAUGCUACCGGAAGUGGUCAACCGCCAACCCCUCCUCUCCUCCUCUCCUCUCCCAAUCUCUGGUUACACCCAGACAGACGCACCACUGAGCCUCUCAGAUUGAUUUCUGCUUCCCAGAUAAAGAAGCCGUUUUGGAGUUUAUUUACCUGUUUGUUACAUAUUCUCAAGACUGGGAAUCAAACAACGUAGCCUAUCUGUCUGUGUCCUUUCAUUUGUCAAGUGAUUUAUGUGACACGUUUCAUUGUUGGUACUCCCUCUCUCUCCCUCUAGUCCAGCUAGCUACAACUUUAAACAAGAUCAAAAAGGAAACAGCUGUGCUUUUUCUGAUUCUGCUGGACUGAGGCUGGGGUAGAGGUUGUGGCUGAACCCAGACGAUGACUGUGCAUAGCGAACAAGGUGCUUCAGGGUCAAGCCAGACAGACCAGGUUUUAAUGAGGGCAGCGUGGUGCGUGCUGAAACCAGAAAAGCAGCAGCAGGUUUUAAUGUCACAAAUUAAUUAUAGAUUCUCCUCAGUACCGGGAUGCUUUGAGCCGAGCGACAAGGAAGGCUUAUAACUAGAGGGGGGAGAGGAGGGGGGGACUAUUUUUGUCUGCUUCCUGCAUUAUGUACCUGGGCUGUUAAUGAGCUUUUCGAUCUGUGGUGGCAGAUAUAUGCGAUGGCGGCCAUUGUGGGCGAAUAUGCCAAGCCAUCUGUGCUCUGAAUCACACAAUGAUAGUCUCUCUGGCUCAUGUGACUGGCUAUUUCUGCCCAGUCACAUACCACGGGGGGAGGGGGAGGAGAAGAGAGGAGGAAAGAGAGCGAGAGAGAGGCUGGGAAGUUGCCUCUGCGUACAUAAAAAUAAGUUGUACACUGAAUGUACAAAACAUUAAGAUCACCUUCCUAAUAUUGACUUGCACCCCCCCUUUUGCCCUCAGAACAGCCUCAGUUUGUUGGGGCAUGGACUCUACAAGGUGUCGAAAGCGUUCGACAGAGAUGCUGGCCCAUGUUGACUCCAAGGCUUCCCACAGUUGAGUCAAGUUGGCUGGAUGUCCUUUGGGUGGUGGACCAUUCUUGAUGCACAUGGGAAACUGUUGAGCGUGAAAAACCCAGCAUCGUUGCAGUUCUUGACACACUCAAACCGGUGCGCCUGACACCUACUACCAUACCCCGUUCAAAGGCACUUAAAUAUUUUGUCUUGCCCAUUCACGCUCUGAAUGGCACACAUACACAAUCCAUGUCUCAAUUGUCUCAAGGCUUAACAAUCAUUCUUUUACCUGUCUCCUCCCCUUCAUCUACACUGAUUGAAGUUAGAUUUAACAAGUGACAUCAAUAAGGGAUCAUAGCUUUCACCUGGAUUCACCUGGUCAGUCUGUGUCAUGGAAAGUUCAUAAUGUUUUGUACACUCAUUAUAUGUAGCCAAUCCUUCUUCCCACUAACCUAUCUAGCUAUACUAUACUGUAGCUCAGCAUUUCUCUCUGUUUACAUAUGAAAUCAUUUCCAUUGGCUGGGCAGUGGAGUUGUAAUGUAUAGCCAAAUUGUGGUAUAUAAGCUGGUAUAUAAAAUAUUUAAUGGGACAGAAUCCACUGAAAUGGAGAAAAAAUUAUCCUCCAAAUGUACUUUGCGGUCGUCCCAUUCUGCUGAGCAGGAAAGGCCGUGAAAUAUGUUUAAAUGUAAUCUCUUAUGAGGCAAAAUCUGCCUUUUCCAUUGUAAUUCUGGACUGGCCCACCCCCUUUUAGUACUCCCCUAUUGCGACGCACCCACUCUCUUCCUCCCUGCUCUCUCCUUAACACUUUCUAGCUCAUUGACAAACUGGCCCACACCCCGGUGUGAAGUAUUGGACAGGGUGUUGGGGAUACGGAGCAGAUCAGAGCAUGUAGGAACCAGACGGCUUUGUUGUCUUUUUACAUUAAGCUCCACUUCCGGGUUGAUGUUUUCUCUGCACGUUCGUUCAUAACUGUUGAUGUUUUCUCUGCACGUUCGUUCAUAACUGGGAGACUUACAUGGAUGGAUGCACAUGUAUAACCACAGCCAGGUCAAAGGAAAACAGACAUGUUAUUAGAGUGUGAAAUAGAUAUUUGAGUGUUUUGCUUAAGAUAAAUCAAUUUCCAAAGGUUUUUCACUGCACUCCCCAUACAGUACGUCACUUAGUAUCUUCAUUUGUCUUUAUCAGCUACUUGUCCCAGUGAAUGAGGCUACACAAGCCACAUAUCUGAGGCAUUACCUGAAUGAGAUGGAAGGUUGCUAACCAUGCUCAUUAGUGCUAACCAAGGUGUUGUGUUCUCCCUGCAGAUGUGAAUGAGUGUGAUCUGCUGAGCGGUGUGUGUGGCGAGGCCCUGUGUGAGAACGUGGAGGGCUCCUUCCUGUGUAUGUGCCCCGACGAGGACCAGGAGUACAACCAGAUGACCGCCAAGUGCAGUCCCGCUCCCACAGGUGACCCACACAUUGCCUGAACAUAAAUGAAGACCCUCUAGUUGAUAGAAAGCUUUUACAUUUUAAAAAUAGUUUAAAUUUAGAAUUGAAUAAAGUUGACCUCAGAUAAAGGGGGUGAUGGAGGGUUUAGAAGUCUCCCAAGUUACAUGGUUCAUUCAAAUCCACACAUUAGUGGUGAUCGUGAAAUUCCAGUGUGUCAAUCCCCCUAAAUUAAUAAGACUGUAUAGUGAAUGUUGAGUGCAUUGUCUCAGAGGACCAUAUUAACCUUUAACACCGUGUUGUUCAAUUUGAGUGGAGUGGUGUUCUGAUGAAUGAGGGGGCCUAGUUCUGUGGUUAACACCGGGGCCCCGGGUUAGGGCUUCCUCUGCAUGCCUGGAGGACCCACGUUCGGGGACUCCCUUAUCUCUGCUUGAGUGUAAAACUCUGUCUGUGUGUCUGUCUGGUGGAUGUAUACUGUAGGACAGGGCUUUAGGUAGGGUCCCAAAGCUCUACAUGAACCUAGGCUUCUUGUCAGACUUAACCAAAUCACCUCAAGUAGAGUAUGUUCUCUGUUACAUCUGAAAACAGUCCCAAAUAUUUAAGGAGGAUAGUUUAUAAUUGCGUAAUGUUAGGAAUUAGAGCAUGCUCUGUGCUCACAACAGCAGACGUUACGUAAUAGUAUGAUUGCUUUAGAAGAAUGUAAAAGGCCAUUUCCAUGUUGUAGCAAUAAAAGCUGGGGUUUUCUGAGAGGGCAAUUGGAUAUGAAUCUCUGGUGAUCUGUAAUUAUCGGAGGCAUUCUGUCACGAUCGUCGAAAGGAGGAGACCAAAGCGCAGCGUGUUGAGCGAACAUCGUAGACUUUAUUUAAUUAAAGAAACCACGAUAAAAACAACAAACCAAAAUGACGAAAGUGAAGUCCAAAUCUGACACUGACUAAACAGGAUCAAGGAAACAAAAACCCACAAAACCCAGGUGAAACCACACAGUAUAAAUAUGGCUCCCAAUCAGAGAUAACGAGCCGACAGCUGACACUCGUUACCUCCGAUUGGGAGUCAUAUGACUAAUAAAGAACAAUUAACCCAAACAUAGAAAUGCACAACCAGAAAUCCCCAACAUAGAAAUACACCCAAACAAUGAAAAUGAACAACCCUGGCUCAAUAAUAAAGUCCAUGGAGCCAGAGUGUCACAGUACCCCCCCCUAAAGGUGCGAACUCCGGGCGCACCAGCAUACAGCCUAGGGGAGGGUCUGGGUGGGCGUCUGUCCAUGGUGGCGGUUCUGGUCCAGGUCGUGGUCCCCACCCCACCUUAGUCACUUUCCGCUUCCGUAGCCCCUUCCACAUGACCACCCCCCCACUAAACCCCACUGGAUUAAGGGGCGGCACAGGACUAAGGGGCAGCACCGGACUAAGGGGCAGCACCGGACUAAGGGGCAGCACCGGACUAAGGGGCAGCACCGGACUAAGGGGCAGCACCGGACUAAGGAGCAGCACCGGGCUAAGGGACAGUACCUGACUGAAUGGCGGAUCCUGGCUGGCUGGCUCUGGCGGAUCCUGGCUGGACGGCUCUGGCGGAUCCUGGCUGGACGGCUCUGGCGGAUCCUGGCUGGCAGAAGGCUCUGGCUGAUCCUGGCUGGCAGAAGGCUCUGGCUGAUCCUGUCUGGCAGAAGGAUCUGGCUGAUCCUGUCUGGCGGAAGGCUCUGGCUGAUCCUGUCUGGCGGAAGGCUCUGGCUGCUCCUGUCUGGCGGAGAGCUCUAGCGGCUCCGGUCUGGCGGACGGCUCUGAAGGCUCAUGGCAGACGGGCGGCUUUGCAGGCUCAGUACCGACGGGCAGCUCCUGCGGCGCUUGGCAGACGGACAGUUCAGACGGCGUUGGGCAGACGGGCAGUUCAGGCGCCGUUGGGCAGACGGGCAGUUCAGACGGCGUUGGGCAGACGGACAGUUCAGGCCCCGUUGGGCAGACGGCAGACUCUGGCCGUCUGAGGCGCAUCGUAGGCCUGGUGCGUGGUGCCGGAACAGGAGGUACCGGGCUGAGGACACGCAUCUCAGGGCUAGUGCGGGGAGAAGCAACAGGGCAUGCUUGGCCCUGGGGACGCACCGUAGGCCUGAUGCGUGGUGCCGGAACUGGAGGUACCGGGCUGAGGACACGCAUCUCAGGGCUAGUGCGGGAAGCAGCAACAGGGCCUGCUUGGCCCUGGGGACGCACAUAAGGCCUAGUGCGGAGAGCAGCAACAGGGCAUGCUGGACCCUGGGGACGCACAUGAGGCCUAGUGCGGAGAGCAGGAACAGGCCGGGCUGGGCUGGCGACGCGCACCGUAUCUCUGGUGCGAGAGGCCGGAACAGGCCGGGCCGGGCUGGCGAAGCGCACCGUAUCCCUGGUGCGUGGAGUAGGAACAGGCCGGGCUGGGCUGGCGACGCGCACCGUAUCCCUGGUGCGAGUGGCCGGAACAGGCCGGGCUGGGCUGACGAAGCGCACCGUAUCCCUGGUGCGUGGAGUAGGAACAGGCCGGGCUGGGCUGGCGACGCGCACCGUAUCCCUGGUGCGAGUGGCCGGAACAGGCCGGGCUGGGCUGACGAAGCGCACCGUAUCCCUGGUGCGGGGAGUAGGAACAGGCCGGGCUGGGCUGGCGACGCGCACCGUACACUUGGUGCGGGUGGCAGGAACAGGCCGAACCGGGCUGGCGACGCGCACCGUACACUUAGUGCGAGGGGCCGGAACAGGCCGUACCGUACGGGGAACACACACUACUGGCUGUACCUCGGGAUUAGGAACGGGCCGGACCGGACUGGUUACACACCCCAGUACCUCUCGCCGAGCCUCUACACCUUCCUUCCCUGCUUUACCCAGUAGCCCCCUUAACCUGGUAGCCUCCUGAAUCCGUCCCUUCUCUGCCUCCGUCAGCCCCCUUAACCUGGUAGCCUUCUGCAUCUGCCUUGUGGCAGCCUCCUGCUGCUCAGUCGCCCAAGCCAUGUGCCCCCCCAAAAAAAUGUCUUGGGGUUGCCUCUCGUCCUUCCGACGUUGGCUCUGCCGACGCCGUUGCUCCUCUCGCCAUCGCCUCUCCACCGUCUCGCUCCAUGGACGGCGAUCCAUACCCUCCAGGAUCUCCUCCCAAGUCCAGGACCCUUUACCGUCCAACAGUUCCUUCCAUGUCCAGACCCUUUGCUCCUGGACGCGCUGCUUGGUCCUUUUAUGGUGGGUUUUUCUGUCACGAUCGUCGAAAGGAGGAGACCAAAGCGCAGCGUGUUGAGCGAACAUCGUAGACUUUAUUUAAUUAAAGAAACCACGAUAAAAACAACAAACCAAAAUGACGAAAGUGAAGUCCAAAUCUGACACUGACUAAACAGGAUCAAGGAAACAAAAACCCACAAAACCCAGGUGAAACCACACAGUAUAAAUAUGGCUCCCAAUCAGAGAUAACGAGCCGACAGCUGACACUCGUUACCUCCGAUUGGGAGUCAUAUGACUAAUAAAGAACAAUUAACCCAAACAUAGAAAUGCACAACCAGAAAUCCCCAACAUAGAAAUACACCCAAACAAUGAAAAUGAACAACCCUGGCUCAAUAAUAAAGUCCAUGGAGCCAGAGUGUCACACAUUCACAGAGCACAAAACAAUGAGACAGAAACCACAGUGUGUGUGUUUGCGUGCGUGUGGAGGGUUUAGGGGAAACCAGGCUGAUCACAUUCAUCAUGUGCCUUAUCUCUCCAGCAGGCUCUAAAAGUCUCAGUUUACACUCCUGCGUGGGAAAUGUCACAGAGAGAGAGAGACUCAUCCGUCCUGGGUUAACCCAUUGUUGUCACUAAAACGUUACUCGUUCACUCGCACGACAGGUCGAUAUUCCUGAACACUAUCCUUGAUCUAUUUCUGUGUAGUAAAGUGUUGUUCCCCAUACAGCCUCGUCAGUGGAGAGGAAGGAGUGCUACUACAACCUCAAUGAUGAGAACCUGUGUGAGAACGUGCUGACCAGCAGUGUCACCAUAGAGGAGUGCUGCUGUACGCUGGGGGCAGGCUGGGGGGACAACUGUGAGGUGCACCCCUGCCCCAUCCAGGGCACUGGUGAGGAAGCACACACAUAAACAAACACACACACACAACACACACACACACACACACACACACACACACACAUUACAUAUUACACAUUUUCUUGUCUACCUCUUCAACAGAUCAGUUUUCCCAGAUGUGUCCAGCUGGGAGAGGCAGUGUCCCCACUGGUGACCCUGUGUUUGGAGUGACUGCAGCCGAGAGUUAUAAAGGUAUGUGAACUCAGAGACCCAGUAUAGGCUAAACAGAGCCUUAGCUCACAACAGCAGUGUUCAGAGAAUACAGUGAGAACAUUAUACAUCAGACAACGAGGUAACAACAAACCCAUGAUUUGAAUGGCCUUACUGAACUCUGUUUUCUGCUGUUGAGAUGCUGCUAUUAAUUUCAUCGCAGCUGGCUCUCACCCAGGCAGGCCUCUGUCUGUGCUCUUGUUGUGUGCAUGCAUGUGUGUCUCUCGCUGUGGUUUGCCUCUCUCUCUCAGCCUUGGAGUCACAGAGCAGAAAUGCCAGCCUCAGAUGUCUGGAGACCUAUGACUUACAUAUCUUCUCCUCUCCUCUUGCUCUCCUGUUCUCCUCUCCUCUUCUCUUCCUCUCUCCUCUUCUCUCCCUCUCCUUUUCCAGCCCCACAAGCCACAAGCCUAGCUUGUUCCCCUCGCACGAAAGCUAAUUCAUCGAACCAACGGCCUUAAUUCAAUUGUAUAAUUUAUUACAGCAAAGGCAGUCUGGUAGAAAGGGGCUGGCAGCAAGUGCAUGUGGUAUAUUCUGAGAGAGAGAGUGGGGGGUUGGGGGUUGGGGGUUGGGGGUGGGGGGGUGGGGGGGUGGGGGAGGGGGGCUGGGAAGGCAAGUUGCCAGGUACACUUCCUGAGCACCAGUGUGGAUAUGUCUUCAAUUAGUGGAUCUGUUAGCACAGCUGAUUGUGGUCUCAGUUGCAAACACCAACGCCCAACCAACGGCACACACAAGGAAGAGUAGAGUACUGUAACACAGAACUGUUUGUUGAUGGAGGUUUUCUCUAAGCCUCUCCAGGGUUUCACCUCAUUAAAGCGUUGAGUUGGUCUCACCUUUCUAUAAACAUGAAGAGUAGAGACUGUUUUAAUACUGGAAAUUGAGUAGUAUUGGUGUUCCUUCAGCUUUAGUGGGGAAGUAACUGCAUUUAUACAUGGUUAUCUCAAUAGCAAGAGAUGAACUGAAAAUGUCUGCAUGUCUGUGGCUGUGUCUGUGUCUGUGUCUGUGUCUGUGUCUGUGUCUGUGUCUGUGGCUGUGUCUUGGUUGUCUGUGUCUGUGUCUGUGGCUGUGGCUGUGUCUGUGGAUGUGACUGUGACUGUGACUGUGUCUGUGUCUGUAUCUGUGUCUGUGUCUGUGUCUGUGUCUGUGUCUGUGUAGGCUGUUAUUAAGACCCUUUUGUCCUCUCCCUCCCAGAUGCAGAUGAGUGUGCGUUAUUUGGCCAGGAGAUCUGUAAGGAUGGCUUCUGCUUCAACAGCCCAGGAAGCUACGAGUGUUACUGUAAGAAUGGCCUGCACUACGACGAGGUCAAUUUGCAGUGCAGAGGUAAGUGGGAAGGUCAUUCACAUUAGUUAGUGUUAAUUCAGCCCAAACAUACUUGAUUUACUCACAACAUAAAGCCAUUUUUUGCGACAAUCAAAAGAUUGGAAUCAAUAGCCCUCAGUCUACUAAUAUAACAUUUCCACAGCCCUGUGUCAUUAAACUGUCCACACACAUUAAAAGUAGUUAGUCCUACUGUACCACAGCCUGUGUGUGUUGGCUGGCUGGGCCGGGGUGUGUAGGUUGGGGCCCCUCCCUGGGUUAGGUGGGGUCAGGGCCGGCUGAGCGGCAGGGCGGGGACACGGGACACUCUGGGGGUGACACAGGGCUAGACUGCGGUGACCUAUGGGCCAAACCCAGCAGGCCCAGGCAGCACGUCCCAAACUACCAACCGGCCCACACUGGAGGGACCUUGGCCCUCUGCCGGCCCCACACUGCACCCCUAUCCCCGGGACGCAAGCGCAAGAUGCCUGUGGUCCGCCUGCGGUGUUCCGCCACAUUUGUGUUGGAUUAUUUGGACAGGCUGGGACUGGGCGGAGGGUCCAGCAGAGGUUUGGCCUUUACCCCAGACGGUCCUGGUUUUACCCCGUUACGCGUGGACUAGAGAGUCAUAAUACAAUUUAGAAACCAACCACCACCACUGCCAGUCCUAUGGCGGUGUUCUAUUUGGGAUAUGUUUUUUUUUUUUUUUUAAAGGGAUGGAGGGGUAUUUUUGAAAGUGUAGAAUAUCGAGUAGAUGUGUAUUUCAGUUAUAUGUCUGGAUGGAUGAAACCGUUGGGCGUUUUUUUUCUCCAUUAAUUUCCUCAGCAAUUAUGAAACCACAGGCCUGAUGUGUAUCUAAUGUGUUUGCUGUGGCUGCAUAUUUCAGAAAUACAUGUCUUUCCUUUUGGGGCUGAGUUACAAUCCAAAUACUAGGUUUAUUUUUCAAAACACCUGCAAAUAAUCCCCUUGAAGCUGUAUUAGUUGAGCUAUCAUCCACAAAAACAUGUUUACUGUCUAGCAUACUAUAUGUCUCUGCAACAUACUUUUUUACUGACACAGGGAAAACAGAUUUGCCCUCUCAUCAAUGGAAAAUAGAAAAUGCAGUUUAUUAGCCUGAUUCCUCAAUUGAAGUCAGCCUUACCUGAGUGUUUUUGUGUGAGCAAGCAUUUUUGUCCCCGUUCUAUAUGAGUGGAUGCUUAAUUGGAUAGGUUAAUGAGUGUAAAUGACUGUGUGUGUGUGUGUGCAGCGUGCGGACUGCGUUUCAUUAAGAGAAUCGGGCUGAGACAACAGAACUCCAACAGGACCUUUUAAAAUAUUUGUCUCCGUCUCUCUCGCUCUCUAACUUGCUCCCUCUCUCCCCCCUCUCUCUCUUUCUCUUUCCUCCCCCUGCAGAUAUUGAUGAGUGUCAGGAUGAGUCUAGCUGUGUUGCGGGAGAGUGUUUGAACACACAUGGCUCCUACAUGUGUUUCUGUACACACCCCAUGGUGAUGGACUCUGACAACAAGAGCUGUGUGAUUGCCCCUGAAGUGGCAGGUAAGAAACCUCAUGGAGACUGGAUGCAAAAAUAAGCAAGGGUUAACCCAAACCCUAAGCAUGCUCUUAUGUUGUCUCUGUUUUUUUCAAUGUCUUUCUCAUGGAGAUUGUAUAACUUGUCACAUCAUAUUGUGUGUUUCAUAGUGAUUGUGAUUGAGAUGUACUGUGUCUGUUGCAGAGCAACAUGGUGAGCAGACUGUCUACCAGGGUAUUUGCUGGCAGACGGUAACAGAUAAUCUGACAGACAUUCUGACCUGCACCAAGCCCCUGGCCAACAGAAAGACCACGUACACAGAGUGCUGCUGUCUGUUUGGAGAGGCCUGGGGCAUGGACUGUACCCUCUGCCCCCUCAAGAACACAGGUACUACAAACCUUCCACACCAGCAUACAUGUCCAUCUAUCAACGCUUCUGUUAGAAUGACUUUAUCCAUGACCUAUUAUCCAUUGUGAAUAGAGCUAACUAGGUAAAUACUUCCAGUCUCAUGUGAGGUAUAUUAUAGAACCCCAUACAGCUGGUUUCAGAGUGAUAAUGUUGGUCAGUGCUUGAACCAGACGGUGGUCCUUCCUGUGGCGGACCAGGACCUUUCAGACCUCAGACCCAUGACUAGUGAUACCUCAUUAGGUUUGGCCUCUGCCAGCUGCCUGCUAAUGCUCCUGUCCCCUGGAGCCUCUGAGAUCUAGCCUGCCCUGGUGCCGAUCUUCUAUCCUCUACCACUCCCCCUUUCCUGUUUAACCCACUUCCCUUAUCCAAUACCUGGAGUGUGUCUAGGCAGGGAGGUCUGGUUGCUAAUGCAUGUCCCCACUACGCUGCCAGGGUGGAGGGCUGUUAUGUGCAUUAUGGGGACUUGUUGACUGGAACAUGUGAGGACCAUCCUCAGGGCUCUGCACUGGAUAUUUUUCCUCCCUCCGAUAAAAUAAGACUGCUAUUCCAGCCCACUGGAAGAUGGAACUGGUAGAGUUGGGGAUUUUUAAAUGUGAUUUUUGAGUGAUUUCCUAGCAGUUUGAAUUCGUAGCUUCAUGUGAGAAUAGUGUUGAACCAACAGUUUAGUAAGUGCAGUUGAUAAGUCACGAAAGCUAGGUUUGAACUCUGCAGGAACAUUGUAGCUGUGCGACAUAGGUCUACAGCUUCUCUUUCUGCCGGUUGCUUUACAAAAGCUAUUUUGGUCAUGUCAUUUUUAUCUCAUUCAGAAACAUUGACAGAAACCAGAAUUAGCCAUUUCGAAGUCCGGGUCACUUUUAGGUUUUCAAAGAUUUGCGAAACACCCUUUGGUAUGUAAGAAUUAUUGUCCAAGAUCCAAUCCCACUCGGAUCUUUACUGAAUAACUCAGAUGCAGGUGUGUGAGCUCACCGCUGCUCUCCAUAGAGAGACCAGAACAGAACACACACUUGUUUGUUCUCAUCAGGCCCAUCCAGAUCUCUCUGCGGUCCCUCUCUGAUGUGUUUCCUGUGUAGACGUUCUUGUGGGAAUGAGCGGAGGCAGGCAGGUGCGUGGGAUUAGCAGGGGACUGUAGGGGAUGGCUGGUCAUGGCGUGCAGAUGAAAGACUCUGGGUUAGGUUCCCACAGUACAGUAACCAAUGAGGAGGGAGCUCAGAGCGGGUGCUGUGCUGUGCUGUGCUGUGUGUUGAAAGACACAUUCAGGAGGGAAGUGGGCCGCUAGUCACAACCAGAGUAUUCAGUUUAGUCAAAUAUCCUCUGUCUUCUAAGCCAAGUGAUGAUGGCAAUGUAAUUACUUUGAAGAACCAUGGAAAUGUUGACAUUUGGAUAUGCUGCAGUUCUUAGAAUGACAGAAAUGUGUUGUAUUUAUCAAACGUAUUAGCUAUUUGUCAUGUAUUCUCUCUUUGCGUUUAAAUAGAAAUGCCAGCAGCAGAUGUAAUUCACUGGCUCCUGAUAUCUACUGUGGUCAGAAGGCAACUCAGUCUCUCUCUUCUCCUAUCGCUCUUUGUUUCAGAUACAGUUGAAGUCGGAAGUUUACAUACACCUUAGCCAAAUACAUUUAAACUCAGUUUUUCACAAUUCCUGACAUUUAAUCCUAGUAAAAAUUCCCUGUUUUAGGUCAGUUAGGAUCACCACUUUAUUUUAAGAAUGUGAAAUGUCAGAAUAAUAGUAGAGAGAAUGAUUUAUUUCAGCUUUUAUAUCUUCCAUCACAUUCCCAGUGGGUCAGAAGUUUACAUACACUCAAUUAGUAUUUGGUAGCAUUGCCUUUAAAUUGUUUAACUUGGGUCAAACGUUUUGGGUAGCCUUCCACAAGCUUCCCACAAUAAGUUGGGUGAAUUUUGGCCCAUUCCUCCUAACAGAGCUUGUGUAACUGAGUCAGGUUUGUAGGCCUCCUUGCUCGCACACACUUUUUCAGUUCUGCCCACACAUUUUCUAUAGGAUUGAGGUCAGGGCUUUGUGAUGGCCACUCCAAUACCUUGACUUUGUUGUCCUUAAGCCAUUUUGACACAACUUUGGAAGUAUGCUUGGGGUCAUUGUCCAUUUGGAAGACCCAUUUGCGACCAAGCUUUAACUUCCUGACUGAUGUCUUGAGAUGUUGCUUCAAUAUAUCCACAUAAUUUCCCUUCCUCAUGAUGCCAUCUACUUUGUGAAGUGCACCAGUCCCUCCUGCAGCAAAGCACCCCCACAGCAUGAUGAUGCCACCCCCGUGCUUCACGGUUGGGAUGGUGUUCUUCGGCUUGCAAGCAACCCCCUUUUUCCUCCAAACAUAACGAUGGUCAUUAUGGCCAAACAGUUCUAUUUUUGUUUCAUCAGACCAGAGGACAUUUCUCAAAAAAGUAAGAUCUUUGUCCCCAUGUGCAGUUGCAAACCGUAGUAGUCUGGCUUUUUUAUGGCGGUUUUGGAGCAGUGGCUUCUUCCUUGCUGAGCGGCCUUUCAGGUUAUGUCAAUACAGGACUCGUUUUACUGUGGAUAUAGAUACUUUUGUACCUGUUUCCUCCAGCAUCUUCACAAGGUCCUUUGCUGUUGUUCUGGGAUUGAUUUGCACUUUUCGCACCAAAGUACGUUCAUCUCUAGGAGACAGAACGCGUCUCCUUCCUGAGCGGUAUGACGGCUGCGUGAUCCCAUGGUGUUUAUAGUUGCAUACUAUUGUUUGUACAGAUGAACGUGGUACCUUCAGGCGUUUGGAAAUUUCUCCCAAGGAUGAACCAGACUUGUGGAGGUCUACAAUUUUUUUUCUGAGGUCUUGGCUGAUUUCUUUAGAUUUUCCCAUGAUGUCAAGCAAAGAGGCACUGAGUUUGAAGGUAGGCCUUGAAAUACAUCCACAGGUACACCUCCAAUUGACUCAAAUUAUGUCAAUUAGCCCAUCAGAAGCUUCUAAAGCAAUGACAUCAUUUUCUGGAAUUUUCCAAACUGUUUAAAGGCACAGUCAACUUAGUGUAUGUAAACUUCUGACCCACUGGAAUUGUGAUACAGUGAAUUUUAAGUUAAAUAAUCUGUCUGUAAAGAAUUGUUGGAAAAUUACUUGUGUCAUUUACAAAGUAGAUGUCCUAACCGACUUGCCAAAACUAUAGUUUGUUAACAAGAAAUUUGUGGAGUGGUUGAAAAACGAUUUUUAUUGACUCCAACCUAAGUGUAUGUAAACUUCCGACUUCAACUGUAGCUAUGUCUAAAUCUCUUUCAAUCUCUGUUUCUCAUUUUCUUUCUCUCUCUUAGAGGAAAUGUAUGUCUCUCUCGUUUCUGUCAGAAGGUCAUGUCUCAGUCUCUCUCUCCAUUAUCUCACAGAGGACUAUGCCUCCAUGUGUAACGUGGCAAUGAGUGGAGGACAGGGGCGUCCGUAUGGUGGCGAUGCCCUCGUGCCCCGCCCUGUCCAGGACUACGAGCCUCACCCUGACCAUCCUGGUGCCCUGUACGAGGACAAGGAGAGUAAGUGA